AGAGAUGGGGGCGGAGCUUACCUCAGUGACGUCAAACACAAACAAGAAGCAGUCUGCUCCUGAUUACUGCCGGAUGUUUCUAACUAAUAAUACUAAUAAGUGGAUUUUUCCUUCCUAGCCAAACUUUAUCGUUAUGUCUCAAGAUCCUUGGUAAGUCAUUUAGUCUACUCCUUCGAUAAAUGUCUCUACCGUUUUGUCAGCUUUAACUAACGACGCUUAUUGCCAGACAGGUUAGCUUCUGUGUGUAUCCUGUUAGAUACAGAGCGAGCGCUCACCUACCAAGAUAAAGAGGAACGAACACAAAAUACUUCAGGUAGCAUUUCCUAGAAUAUGUCUGCGAGAUACAAACUUCGUUUUUCGCAUGUCUACCAUGCGAGGGUUGAGACUUUUUUAACGUUAGCACAAACGAACCAGGAAAGAGGGCAAUACUGAAAGAGUCACAUGACAGUUUCAGCUGAUUAUCAGACUUUGAAUGAAACCAAAAUACAGAAAUACCUCAGUUAUAACACAGACGAGGUGUUUGUUGAAAACGUGAGAUGCAGCUCAAGUUACUCAGCCUUUUGACUCACGAUGUUGAAUUUACAAAACUGCAUCAAUUUUCACCAUCAGAAAUGAAUAAAGAGUCAUUAAAGUCUUUUUGUUACUAGUCAUAACAUUAUGAACACCUGGACAAUCUUAUGCAACCCAUUUGAACACUUGUGUGGCAAAUUUUCAGUUUUUGAUUACAUGGUCUGAGAGGGGAUUGUUGUGCAUAAAUCUUAAAGUCAUGGUGGGUGGAGUGGUACUGGAGUGUGCUAUACUGACAGGUGUAUUUUGUCCAUUUAAAGAGAUAUACCGGCGUAAAAUUAAUUUAGGGUCAAGCACACCAUAACACUGAGUUAGACACCCCCUCGAGCGAUGAAUGUUGUUGACUGCUUGUUUCUCUAGUUAUACCAACUUUAGUAACGGCCACAGAAUAGCAAUACACAGCAGUCUGAGGAGCCACACACAAACCUCAACCAAAAAGCCACUCUAUAGCCACAAAAAAUGCUCAGAACAGCACCUUACUUCAUCAACAGUACAUAUAGGGUCCUAGUCACAGCAGUAGCCACCAAACAUCUUUUUGACUUUGCCUAAUUUCUUUCGCAAAGAGACUAAACACAACUCACCUACUCUCCUCCAGCAGUCGCUUGUUUGUAGCGACACCUUGGGUGCAUCCAUAAUGGGCUACAGUGGGAUGACGCAGCUCAAGGAAGAACAUUUAUGAUCAUUUCUUCAUCAUUUCCUUGAAGUAAUAAUCAUCAUAUUAAUCAUUUUGCACUGGAGAAACGGUAGUUCUUCUCCCUUGGCAUCUUAGUCUGAUUGCAUUUCCAUAAAGAAAUGAUCAUGAAUGUUCUUCCUUGAGCUGCGUCACCUCGCAGCAGUCCGUAAUGGACUGGCCUGAGGUCUCGCUACAAACAAGCGGCUGCUGGAGGAGAGUAGGUGAGUUGUGUUUAGUCUCUUUGCUAAAGAAAUAAGGUAAAGCUAAAAAGAUGUUUGGUGGCUACUGCUGUGGCUUGGGCCUUAUAUGUACUGUUGAUGAAGUUAGGUGCUGUUCUGAGCAUUAUUUGUGGUUAUAGAGUGAUGUUUUGGUUGAGGUUUGUGUGUGGCACCUCAGACCGCUGUGUAUUGCUGUCCUGUGGUCGUUACUGAAGUUGGUAUAACUAGAGAAGCAAGCGGUCGUCAACAUUCAUCUCUCGAUUGGGUGUCUAACUCAGUGUUACAGUGUGUUUGACUCUAAAUUAAUUUUACAGCAGAAUAUCCAUUUAAUUCACAAACAUGAGGGGAGAAAAAUAUUGGGAAAAUUGUCAAAAUGAUGUAGUCCAGUUUACCAACAACACCCACUAUAACUUUAUCAAAUCAAUUUCAAUAAGAACAAUCAUCUCUGUGACCCUGUCAACAAAAACUGAAAAUGUAAAGCAGAUGUCUCUCUAUGUUUGAGGUUACUAUCUGCCAGGAUGCAGUUAUAUCCAGGUCAAUGUACAUUUCAUGUCUUGUUAAUUCACACCUAGGGCACAGGAUUAUGACGCCACUUGUCGCUUGGCACAGGAAAUCGCAGAAAACAUCCAUGAAAGGAACAGGCAGCAAAGAACAGGGGGGAACCCUGCAAAGGUAUACAGAGACAUUUAUGGCUCAAGUAGAAUUAUCUAAGUGAAAAGUUUGUGUUUCUCAUGUUGUUUUCCGGCACUAAUAUCGUCUGCUCUUUUUCAGAUCAACAUGACACUACGAGCAUCCCUUCAGAAGCUCAAACAGAAUAUUGGUCAUCUCAAAGAUGGUGUGCUGCGAGCAUCAUCAUCCCGGCGAAUGUAUCCUCUCCUCUAAGAAUGUGUCAUGUGGAGAAGUCAUGAGAUGUCGUUCACUUUUAUUCCUCUGUUUGCAAUUGCAGCUGCUUUCCUGAAGAGCGUGCCAGAGUGUUAUGAAAAUGUUUCCCUAACCUGCUAAAUGUCUCCAGCAAGGUGCAAACAGAAGGGAAUAGUCAGGUGCAUCUGUUUUCCUCCAGUUUUCUAUGUUGUUCAUAAAGUGACGUUGACCUUAACAUGACUUGAUCAGCAUGCAGGCAGAAGCUGACAGGAGGCAGAACCUCAUCGACGACCUGCUGACCAGAGAGAAACAGCUCAGUGCUACCUUCAAGGGAGACAUCACAGAGCCUGAGCCCUCAAGGUAUUCAAAAGUAGUCUAAAUAUUUAUCACCAUAUAUAUAAUAAAAAAAAAAAAGAACAAUAGUCAGUGUUUGGAACUUUUAUAUCUCAAGAUCAAAUGUUAUUAUUCGUUUAAAGAAUGUUAAGAAUUUUGAAUUAGCAUUUUGAUGAAAUUAUCAGUAAACUGUUGGAGGAGAUAAAUGGAGCUUUUGAUGAAAAUUAUUAGGAAAUUAUGACGGCUCUUCUUCGUGUGAAACAAAGGUAAAUUAUUACAAUUGCUAAGUAUUCCUGGUACAUGAAAAAGUCAAUCUGUUAGCUAUUUUCAAUUGUUUUAAUCAUUAAAGGGAUAUUCCAGGGUAAAAUUAAUUUAGGGUCAAACACACCAUAACACCGAGUUAGACACCCUGUUGAGAGAUGAAUGUUGCAGACCACUUGCCUCUGUAGUAAUACUAACUUUAGUUACGACCGCAGGAUCGCAAUACAGAGAGCCUCACGCUCAAACAAAACGCCACUCUAUAGCCUCAAAUACUCAGAACAGCACCUAACUUCAUCAAUAGUACAUGUAGGGUCAAGACCAUAGUACCAACCAUCAAACAAGCAGCUGCUGGAGGAGAGUAGGUAAGUUGUUUUUGUCUCUUUGCUAAAGAAAUUAGGCAAAGUUAAAAAGAUGUUUGGUCGCUAGUACUAUGGCUUGGGCCUUAUAUAUUGAUGAAGUUAGGUGCUGUUCUGAGCAUUAUUUGUGGCUAUAGAGUGGCUUUUUGGUUGAGGUUUGUUUAUGGCUCCUUAGACCUAUGUGUAUUGCUAUCCUGCAGUCGUUACUAAAGUUGGUAUAACUAGAGAAGCAAGCAGUCGGCAACAUUCAUCUCUCGAGGGGAUGGCUAAAUCUGUGUUACUGUGUGUUUGACUCUAAAUUAAUUUUACAGCAGAACAUCCCUUAAGAGUUUCCAAGUUUCUUCAACAGCAAGAUUGUCCCGACACGGCCUUGACAUUUUUUUUAAGUAUAUGUCCUCGGUCGGUCUUUUGCGUCAUUGUCAGGAAACCCAAAUCAAGCAUUUCUUGCCCUAAUUCUCAGAAGAAGCCACUUCUUCUCUUAGACCUUUUUUUGUAUAUCAAAAUAUCAGAAGCUGGCUGUCCAAUUAAAAAUAAUGACUCCUCAUUCCCCUCUUCAUGUUUUUGACCACAGAGGUCAUUGGCCCUUUUCUGUUCUUUGAUGGUAUGUCAGCGGUCACUAACUUUCUCUGCAAGUCUUCGCACAUCCGUAGUGACCCGUGUGCCGUGACCUCAUCACUCCAGAGGAAGUCUGUCCGUCUGCCGUUCUGACAGGGCGCUCAGCUUCAUGGCUAAUUCUCCUUCAUUAGGAGAUGUGCUUGCUUUGCUCUGUUGAUCACACAUUUGGCACCUCCUGGAAUGAAAACACACACACACACACACACACAGACACACACACAAACUCACAUCAAUAUGUACAAAGAUGGGAGGUGUGACUUCUCGGAGCAAUUAUUCUAGUACUUGUGGAUCCAAUCAAAGAGGUGCAUGUCACAGCCUAUAUCCUCUUCAUCACCUGAUUUGACGUCGAUGUGACAGUUUUGAAAACUUUACAGCAACAUACAGUCAUUACUGUGUGAAGAGUUUGACCUGCUCCAGCUCAGAGGAUUCCUAUUUGGACAGGAAGAGGAAAUGGGGUCAUGUUGUUACCUUAGCGAGGUUAUGGGCUGUUUAAAAAAUGAGUGUUUUCAUACAUGGGACUUCUGUGUUGUUUCUUAGAGGCCCAGUAUUGACUGAAAAUCUCAGCUCAUGUGCAGUUGUGUAUGUCUGUAAGUGACUGGGCUGAAAGCAGAAGAAGAAGAAGAAAAACACUGAACUUUUUAAUUACAUCAGUUGAACUUGGAGAACCACUUUUAUUGAUGUCUUGAUAGAAGACUGCCUCUGUCUGGUGUCUUUCACAGGCUCUGGUUUGGGGACUGAUCUGCUUAGUGGUGCUUUGCACAGGCUUUCAUCUUUUUACAGACCACACACCCAAUUACAUAAAAGGCCCUGUAAAAAACCUCUAAUGACAUUUUCUAAUACAUUAGCUCGGCAAACUGUAAUCAUGUGGUUGUAGGGUUUUAAGUUUGCUCAGUGAGACCUAAAUUUAAUCGUGAUGUAUGGUGGGUAAUUUGGAUUUGUGGGUACCCACUGUGUGGUCUUUGAGGACAGAUUGUGGGAGGGGGUGGAUUGGCCAUGCCCGGAUAAUCUAAGCUGCUGUUUUUUUUUGUUUUUUUUUUUGUGAGAACUUUUGGAAAUAAGAAAAGAGAGUCCUAACAGAAGAGGCUUUAAUCCAUCCCUUUAACCGUAAAAGCAUCUCCAUUUCAAAAUGGACACCGCGCCUAUAUUUGAAGGAUCCGUUCACCUCGUUACCCAGCUGACCCACCUUACUUUUAUUCACUAACCUCCCCUUUGUGUGCGAUUGCGCUGAAAAUAGCUGUAAUUGGUUAAAUCUCGCCUGUCUGAGUCGUUCAGUCAGGACAUGGGUGCUCAGGCCACGAUGGCGGCAGUCUAGUUCAAGAGAUGUGCCUGACUGGUUUUGGCGCUCCCCACUGACCGGUUAAUUGGAUCUUCACACACCGGGCAACGGUAGGGAGGAAAUGAAGGGCUGGCACACGGUCUCAUAGUAAUCAAACAUGUCAGAGAGAUUAGGGUGAAUGCCUCGUCUCACCUACUUCUCUGAUGGUAUCAGACUCAGCUUGCCAGCUUUGUGAGUGGUCUCACAAUGCUUGACUUCCCACUUCAAAAACAGCUUGAAGCAGUCAUCGCACUGAAAUGCACGAGCCCGGCUGAGAAUUAAGUUGCUUUAUGUGCAUCUAAUGCAGAGAACAAAUGGACACAAAUAGUUUUACUUUUGAGAUUUUUGAACGCAGCAGCGGACAAUUCACUCGCUCACAGACAUGAGUUAAUGUAGCCUUGCACAGAGAUCCUGGACCUGUCACCCAGAGAGAGUCAUGCGGGAGUCAGAAACACAGCUUUAAGUUGUUAGCAGAGAAAAAGCCUCAAACCACACAGCAUUGUUAAAGAGCAGAGUAGAGUACGGCGCAGUGCAGAGGGGUCUCUGGUCUGUCAGUUUGUCUGACAGAAACCUCCCCAGCAGCUCACUGUCCUGUUACAGAUUAUCACAGACUGUUUACACUCUGCACAAGCUGGCCUGGUAUUUUCAGCUCAUUUCAAGGCAGAUUGAGUCAAGAGAUUUUUGUUUGAAAGUGUUAAAAAAUGUUCAGAGUUAAGAUUCGUAAUUCAGAUAUGACAGGAACAGAUUUCUAUCCCACCACCUGUUCACUUUAGCUUUUACGCUCACUUGUAGUAAACUGUUCCCUGAGUUGAGGUAUGUCUGAAUUAUGAAAACAUUUUGAGAAGUUAACAUCCUAAUGGUUUUUACAGAUCAUCACUGAUGAGUGAACGGGCAGGAGGAAGUGGAGGAGCAGCCAACCCCUGGCUGAUCAAUGAGACGGAUGAGACCAGAGGGCUGAGCUUUGGGGAGAUCAAACAGCAGCAGCAAAGAAUCAUUGAGGGUAAUUACACGUAAUUGAAUGAAUGGUAACAGUUAUGUUCUGCUUUCUUACCUGUGUGGGUGAAGCCCACAGCUGCAGCAGGCCUGCAGGACAGUCAACAAAAGACGUAACUGAAUUUUAGGCACACUUCUUGUUCAUCCAAAGAAAGCUUUAAGUUUCAUGUGGUUUUAUCUUAUCACAACAAAGUUAUCAUGAAAGCUGCUGUAAGGAACUUUUUGCAUGUGUUGGUUCUGGUGCCCCCUUGUGGACAAAGUGUUACCCUGUAUUUUCAGUCCUGUUUUUUUUUAAUAUCUUUUUAUUGAGAACAAGGUACAAAGAGACAGUAAUGUAAAGAGACCAUAUUUUUUGAUUUGAUUUUGAUUUUUGAUUAAAAAGAAGGGGGAAAAAAAGUGGAAGUAGAUAAUUUGACUGUCAAGUUUAAGAGUAAAUGAGGAGGCCAUGCUUGCUGAGCAAAAUCCAGUCCAGUUUUUUCACCAUGAAAUAUUUGUGUCACUUUCAGUAUUUGCAAUUGAAAAUUUAAAAAAGGCUGUUUCUUCAUCCUGUUGUCAGUCAUAGGGUCUGAAACUUUCCCCACACAGCGUCUUCAGUCAUUCAAAAUCACAAUAAAGACAUUCUCUGUCUUUAUUUGAUGCUCAUAGAGAGGCACCAGUAUCAGCUUGAGUCACUUUCUCAACCAGCUGAAAACUCCUUACACUGCCUUUAGGAUUAUUCAGGGAUGCUGAAACCAUAUAUAGCAUUAAAAUGUGGUGUAUUAUGGUAUAUUUUUUCAUCCUAAUACUGCAUACACCUUUAUUAGGUGUCGAUAACCGUUGUUGUGAUUAAAUGUGUUUCUGACAUAUACAGUGUUCAGCAUAAAUGAGUACACCUCUUCAGGGUUGUCAGAAAACCUUUAGUUUCCUUUUAAAAUAAGCAUUUUUUUUUAUGUCAGAUGAUACAACAAAAUACUCCCCCAAAUGUAGGCCAUUGAUUGCAAACAAGAUUUUUUAAGUUGCAUACAAAAAAGUAUUUUUUUUUUUCGAUUUAAAAUCAGGAUGCAAAAAUGUGGACACCCCAAUCAAAGUUCUGGGAGCAAAGCUACAUUUUAGUUUCCAUAUCAUCCUUAUUUUCAUCUUAUGGUAAAUAAAACUCAGCUUUGUCAAAUCUUUGGAAAUUGUACUUUUGCUCAUCUAGAUAUUGAGUAAUCCAUUACUUUUAAUAGGGGGUGUACUGACUUAUGCUGGGCACUGUGGUAACCACAGAAAAUUUUGCUGACCUUUAAUCAACAUUAAGCUAAUGUUAGCCAUACCAAUCUUAUUUGCAUUAUUCCAGUCUAAAAUAUGUUACCUCUGCCUGUGUUUUCGUGUUUCCUGAGUGGUUUUGUCAUGACAAAAACACUCAGAUGUUAAAUCACCUGACUCGACCUGACACGUCAGUGCUCUGUCUCUAUUACCGCCCUGGUUAUUGUCAAAUUGGGAUCAGAGAUCCCUGCUUAGACAGUUCAAAUCAAACCACAUGGAGGUUUCUGGUCUCUCCUGGGAAAUCUGGUUGAUCUGGGUAAUGGUGAGUGUCUGAACUUGUGGUCAUAAGAAAAUCCUGUGGUGAGGAGUUUGUGUAAACUCAGAAACCGAGAAAGGACAAAUCUUUUCUUUCUGUUUUUCCUCUCUAUUUCCUUUUUUUCCUCUUUCUUUCUCCUCCGCUACUUAUUUUUUAUUUUUUUCUUGACUUCAUCGAGCUGCACUGUUUCUCUCUUACCCUUGGCCUGCUGCAGUUAUAAAAACAGGCGUAAGGCUGAGUGGGGUAGAGAACUGAAUGACUCAAAUGUGGUGCUCCUUUUUCCUCAAGAGCUUAAUCAUUAUAUCACAAGUUUAACACACUGUGACUCCUUCGCUCUUGCACACAAAGGUUCCAGGAUUGCAGUGUUGUUCAUCCUCCCAUCCAACAGAUCUGGACAUACUGUAAAGUUGACUCCUUACUUGCGGUCCUCUUCUUUAGCUUGUUCCCCAUAUUGCUCUGGGGCGUUGCAUAACCCUGGUGCUCUCACACAUCGUUUCUUUCUUGACUCAUGUUCCAGUGUGUCAUGCUUUUUGUGUUCGCUCCCCCCUUCUUCACAGCCCAGGAUGCAGGCUUGGAUGCACUCGCGGCUGUCAUCAGCCGGCAGAAGAUGAUGGGCCAAGAGAUCGGCAACGAGCUCGAUGAACAGAACGGUGAGUUUGAAUUUGCGUCUGUACAUAUUCGUCACGAAGAAAUUCCAGACGCAUUACGCCGCACCGCAAUGGGAAAGCAGUCACACAUACUUGUCCUGCUGUGGAACGACUUGCAUCAUGUAACUUUGCUGCACACUGAUACUCCCUCACACCAGCGCUCAACUCUGCACACACACACACAUGAACACAAGUAAACACACCCUCACACUUUCACUGUCAGAGAAACUGACUUCACAUUCAGGUCAGGCUGUCUGUGACCUCUCUCUCCUUGUUACUUAAACAUGACCAAAAAAAAAAGAAAACAAAGAGUUUUGGUUUCUGGAAUCAGAUCUGCUUCGAGAUAAUGGAGCUUUUAGGUUAUUUUUAUCAAAAUGCUUCUCAUCAGUGCAUUAGGUGGAACGCGCCACACAGACUGGAGUACAUUGCACCAGACAGUUUUUAAGCCCAGACGGGUGCUACUUGAGACUGAAGACUUCAGGACGAUUAUCUAUCGAGUGUUGGACGAUUAGAUCCAUUAAUGCAUCACUUUCACAACUCUAUAGCUGUGACUACACCGAGGACUGAGAGUGUUACCUUACAAAUAGGAUGUACACAUGUAUUCCUAUCCUUUUUUUAAUUAAAUCAUGACUGCAAAUGUUCACAAUCAGAAUAUGUUCUAGUUUGUCUCUGUCCUCUUUGACAAGCAGGGUUAGAAAUUCCUCUUCAGAAACUGUCUAUAAAGGAGAAGAGGGAAUGAUAAAGCCCACUGUAAUAAUGGAGGUGUUUAAGUCCCACUACGAUUGUUUUCAUCUACUACUUAAAGUGUUCUUGGUGGUCUUUAGAUUGUGAUUAUGAAGUUUUAUGUGAUUAUGAAGCGCUGCUCUGCACACUCCUCUUCAUGCUAGCUUGUAGCCUAAUAUUGCCGGUGUAGACGAAGUAGCAGGUAACAAAGGAGCUAUUCAGCUCGCGGAAACGAUUGUCUUUAGGGGCAUGAUGCAAGCUAAUAUCAUAAUUAGCUUUCUUACGAUCAUUGCAAUCCGUUAACGCACACUCUUGUUCCGCGAUCAUCCUCUCUACUUUUCCGAGUGUGGCUGGUAUAGCAGGGCUCUGGGGGCUGAGCUUGGAUUUAUGAUGUAGGAAAUCUCACUGAACCUGAGCCUGCCAUUUGCAUCUGUGAGAGAUUCACAGCGAUUUGAAUGAAGAAAGACUCAGAAUUGCAAUUUCCUACUUACUUUUCUUAUGAUAUGUCCUGUAGCAUCCGAAAAAUGCCAUAUGAACAUGUAGACAACAAGAAAAACAUGAUUUUUAUCAAAGUGGGUCUUUAAAGCUUUUGGUUGAAGUGAGUUAACUUAAGACAUGGUUAGGAGGCCAAUGUGGACUUAAAAUACCCAGAUUUAGGGCUGUAUGAAUUAGUGGGCUUGUUAAUAUAGUUAUUUUAGAAGGAUGGUAAAUCCUAAAAUGUAACAGAAGACCUGCUGGAGCUUUAUAAAACAAACACUUCAGAGUUUAAUUCCAGGUUUGAUUGAAUAAGUUGGAAAAUUCUUCAUGAAAGUGAAAACCAUUUAGGGGUGUGUGGUUGGAUCUUGUUUUAUCGCCAGGAUCAGUGCUCAGGAUAUUGGAUCAGUGCUCUAACACUGCAACUGGUGUGUGUUUUUUUCAGAGUUUUUCUCUUUUUGUUCAGCUUGGUGUCAUCAUUUCCCCUAAUAACAAACCUGAACGGCUCAUGAGAGAGAUGUUACAGAGAAUUUCACCAAAGAGAAAAUUAUUUCAUCCCUGGAAACAAGUGCUCCAUACAACACUCUAGUUACGACUCCUCAUGACAGCUGAUCUGUCUGUUUCAUGACUGCUUUCAUGAUGUCGUAAUCGAAACGUUUCUUUUUGGUACGUAGUGGAUGUUAUGAUCUAAUGCCAUUCAAUCCUAUCUGUACUGAAAUCUACACCAACUGCUUUAAAGAUGAAACAGCUGCUUUUUUUUCUUUGAUACAAGCUGCGCACUAGAGGCAGAAUUUCUCUGCAUGAUUUACAGCCCAGUUUGAGGUUCAUGUGGCCUGCUGACACCACACAAUCAUUCACAGGGCCUGCAGGGCUCAGGCCUCUGACAGGUUUUCUUUACCUAACUGUGCUUCUUUCCUUUGUGCUGCUGCUGUGCUGCUUAUCCAUCUCUCAUCACACUCUCCGUACAGUACAGUACAGUCCUCCUAAUCGUGUAUUACUCACUCACUGGUGAAUAAUACUGUCGAAGUUUACAUAUCACUGUCUGAUGUUUUGUUCCCACAAGUAUAGAGCAUUGUUGUUCUCUUACUUUGGCAGUUGUGUUUCUUAUCAAUUGUAACUUGUGUGUGAUAUAAUUCAUUAUCCCACACUUUUUAAUGUAUACCCUCAGGCCAGUCCUACUCGUAUGUAGGGCUGAGCGAUUUUGGAAAAUGGUCUGAUUGCAAUUUUUCCUCAAUAUUGCGAUUGUGAUUUCAUAUGCGAUUAUUUUUUCAAGGUCCUCUUCUAAUGUAUUUUUCAACAAACAAACAACAGAUCAAUUCGUAUUAUAGUAAGAAUAUCAGAUUAAUUCUACAUAAAUUGUUCUUUCUGGCAAUUAUUAUUUCUCACACACACACAGGUGCUCUCUGCUCACACACUAUCACACACACUUAUGCACGCGCCAGCAUAUAUGUCAUGAUACUUAUCUACACACCAAAGGCGAGAUGUAAUCGGUGCCUAAAACACUGAAGUCUAUUCAUUCAGCUGUCCUGCCAUCACCGUAUUCGACGUGUUUUCCGUCGUUAUGCAGAUGUGGUUUGAAGUUGAAGCUCUGGUCGCUGGUGUUUUAGCCCUUCAACUAUUAUACAUGGCUUUGUUGCAUGUUUUUAAGUGUCGAUAAAUGUUCAUAGUGUUACCUUCUGAUGUAGCAACAGUAGCAUGAUAGGUUCUGCACACGUUGCGCAGCGUCAUCUUUUUUUGCCAAAAUAAAUCCACACAGCUGCCGUCCUACUCCUUUUUGGUACUAAACUCUCUGCAGUGUCAGCUUCUAUAGCAGAAUUAGGAUAUACGUAGUGCAACAGAGUGCAGUAUUGACUUCUCUUUCUACCUGCUCUGCUCCGCUCUCAAGUCACGUGACCAGAUCAUGUGACCUGUCAAAAUCGCAGCCUUUGUGGUUAGAAAAUCGCUUUUUAUCAUAUCGCCAUGAAAUUGCAAGUGCAAUUACUCUUCAAGCCCUACUCGUGUGUAAAGAUUGUAACUUUUACACGCCUGAGGUUUCCCAUCCUUGCAUUAAGUCUGCAUACAUUUUCUUGAAGAUUAAACUGAGUAGGAAAGUUGAACUCUUUUUUUUUUUCUUAGGAUUGUUCUUAAAUGACCUGAGUUAUUACAUCAGCUGGAUUUGUAGGUGCCGCAUUUCUUACUGGAACCAAAUCUCAAAAUCGGCAACAUAAAAAGUAAGUGGAUAGUUUAAUGUUUCAAGGGGAGAAAAUGGAUUUAAAUUGGGUAGCAGGAGAGCUCCAAGGCCUGUGCUUGAUCUUGUCAGUUGGUGAGUAACCUUGGCAUCUGCCUGUCUUUCUGUCUGUCCCCCCCUGAUCACUGUACUGAAACUGUGUUUUCCUAUAAAUAGAUUAAGCUCUUUGUAGUUUGGCUGCCCCAGUCUAGCUCAUGACCCAAGUGCAGUGGAGGUUGAAGUCACUUCCUUUAAGGGAAACAAUUCCGGCUGAGGUCAGCAAGGAAAGCGACCCUUUUCAGAGGUUUGAAGAUGAACCCAAGGCCCCCAGUUCCUCCCUCUCCCAGUCUCAACUGAAUCAGAACAGACCGAAACGUAGAAAUGAGUAAGCAGACAGAUUACCUCAAUUCCAGUCUGUGCUUGAUGGCUCAUAACAUUAAUCCAUUGCAUACUGAACACUUUUCCUUCUUACUUGCCAGUCAUAACAAAAUGAGAAAUUCAACUGUUAUUUUUAGUGUGUUAAACUUAGUUAAAUGAUGUGCUGUCAUCACGUGUUUUCAUAUUUCGAACAUGACGCGAGCAAAGAGCGGUAUAUAUUUUCAUUUCCAAACUAAAUGUUGCAGAAAAUAGCCUCACACAUACCGACUGGAAUGGCUUGCAUCAGCACAGCAGUCGUCUCCCUUCCCAACAAGAAACAGCAACAUUAAUUUCACUUAAUUGGUGUUGAUAGUUCUCAGAGUGUGGCCCGGAGCAAUGACAUCAGUCCACGUCAACGUCUUGAACUUGUGAGUGACAGACAGUGGCAAAGUCGUUAAAGUUAAUCCUCUUGAAGGGCGAAAAACGAGAUCGACUGUCUCAUUUAUUUGCUUUGUAGGCCUUCUUUUAGAUCAGAUUUGAAUUGUGGUUAGAUAAUGCGACUAUGACAUAAGAUUUUCUGUAAAAGCUCCAGUGAAGGGUUAGUGUGACUGAAAACCACGUGAUGGUAGACAGACGUUGCGACACAAUGACAUCAGUUUGAAGAAAAAAGAGGGGGUUUAUAAUCAUUUUAGUUUAUCUCCAUGAAAAAGUCCAACAAAUUAAAGCUCGACUAAUCAAAAUGAGCUAAUCAUACAUUAUUACUUUUCCACCUUAUGUCACUGUCUUUGAAAUUUAACAAGCUGCGCUGAGUUUACCAUACAUCAAAUUUAUAAACAAAUCAAGUCACUGCUAUUUGUGGCGUAAUGUCUGAGCUACUAGAUUGUCGUUUUGGAUAAACUUCAGUCAGCUCUUGAAAGUUUGUCUAACUGAACCAUUAUCUUAUCACGCCCUGUCAGAUUUUAUCCCCUGUCUUAUUGUUGUGUUUUGGGAUGGUUGGCAUCGCCAUUUAACUCCCACCUCAACUGAGUUUACGCCAAUACAGAUAAAGUGCGCAGUGUUCCCCGGAUCUUGGGAAGAAACAGACCAUCAGUUUUGAUUGAGACCUUCUGGAACAAAUUUUAGAUAGAUUUUUUUUUUCCUGUCUGCACUGCAGCAGGUCUGACCACAUGUGUGCUCUUUGUUUUGUCUGAAACUUAAAGAUAAGAAACUGUGGAUGCCUGGUUUGAAUGUUACAGAAGCAGCUUUGUCCAUGUUUGGUGAUGUUUUUGUUGUUACAAGCAUCUGCUUUGUCAACAAACUAUUCAUUUUAUCCUGGCUCGUUUAUUUGGCGAAAAAGUCACUGCAAAAAAUGAACGGCUAUGACUAGUGCUGGACGAUAAUUCGAUAACAAUAUAUAUCGAUCGAUAGACGUGUGCUGCGAUAGAAAAAAAACGGGUCGAUAAAAAGUUCGAUAGAAAAACACAGUUUCCCUUUCUUUUUCAUCAUAGCCUAUCAUGUAGCUUUUACUACAGUCAUUACGUCCUCCCAACCGAUCACAAACGCAGACCCAGGUACGCUACGGCACCAAGCCCAGCCCCUAUCAAACCACAACAGACAGCACGUGUAUUAGAAAAAAUGAUACAGCAAGGAGAAGCGGAGGACAUUGUCCCGAAAAAAGGUUUCAGUAGUUCACCAGCAUGGCAAUGUUUUGGUUUUUAGAAGUCUGACAAAAAGCGAACAGCGGUCGUUUGCAAAAUUUGCAGAGAAUUAGUAAAAACCAAGUCUGGUAACACAACCAACUUGUUCUACCAUCUAAACCGAUCGCACCCGCAGGAGUACGAGCUGUGUCGGCCGCGCCGCGGCUCCACGUCAUCGUCGGAGGAAUCCUCUGGAACCGCUGCCAGCACCAGCACAAAGCAUGUGAAGCAGACCAAACUGGACUUCGUUUCUCUCCAAAAAUACGACAAAGCGUCCAAGCGGCAUAAGGACAUCACCCAUGCAGUAACAUGCUCCAUAGCGAGGGACAUACUGCCAAUAACUACCGUUGAAAAGCCUGGCUUCGACCAGCUUCUAGCCACUCUCGACCCGCGAUAUGAAGUGCCCGUCCGCAAAUAUUUCUCAAACACAGCGCUUCAGGCAUGAAAAUGGGUCAGGGUGUUGUGCCGUAGAAUGCACCCCUGCAUCCCGUCCACUCAUUAGCUUCUUAAAGUGGAAGAAAAUGAGCUCAUGUUUUACAAAGACGCAAGUAUUUGGAUCAUGGCUACUAGCAGGGGGUGCAUUCGGCAGGGGUGCAUUCUACGACACAACACCGGCGUCGAUAAGUCCUGCUUCUCGUGCUUAGUUUGUGUAUUAAGUCAAUCACAUGAUAAUUAAAAAAAAUAAAUCUCCCGACCCCGGGAGAAAUAUUUCAGUGUUCAGACACCAGGCUGUGGGCAGUUUCCCACACAGUUAAAACUGGUAGUAUGCUAUUCCCACCUAAAGCUAUUCUGUUUAUUUAUAUAUUUGUUUUGUUUAUUUUCAUCAAAAGACUAUUUAAAUAUUUAUUUAUCAGAUUUUCUGGUCACUUUAGUCUUUAUGUUUGUCAGUAUUUACUGAUGUCACUCAGGCCACUUAAGUUGAUUUCUUUUUUUUUUUAGUUCUUUUUUAAAAAACUUUCAGUUGUGGUAAAAUAAAAAAGGUGGUUGAAUAAAGGUUUGAAUUUGAAUUCAGUGCUUGUGUGUUCUUUAUUAAAAGUAGGUCAUUAAGCAAUAGCAUAAAACAUCCAGGGCUGCAAUUAAAAUAUAUGUUAAAUAAUUAUAAUAAUUAUAUCGAUAAUUAUCGAUAUCGAUCAAUAUGAUUUAUUUUUUAUCGAUAUGCUUUUUUUCUAUAUCGUCCAGGCCUAGCUAUGACUAACUACUCUCCAGUUUGAUUUGCUGUUAAAGGGAUAUUCCAGCGUAAAUUUAAGUUAGGGUCAAACACACUGUUACACCAAGUUAGAAACCCCCUCAAGAGAUGAGUGUUGCUGACUGCUUGCUUCUCUAGUUAAACCAACUUCAGUAACAACCGCACGAUAGCAAUACACAUCGGUCUAUAUCUCCAUGCGCAAACCUCAACCAAAACUCAACUCUAUAGCCACAAAUAAUGCUCAGAACAGCACCUAACUUCAUCAACAGUACAUAUAGGGUCCCAGCCACAGCACUAGCCACCAAACAUCUUUUUAACUUUGACUAAUUUCUUUAGCAGAGAGAGACCAAACACAACUCACCCAGUCUCCUCCAGCAGCGGCUGGGGAGCCCUGACAAGUUGAUCACCAAGUGCAGCGGAGUUUCGCAGCUCAAGGAAGAACAUUUCUGAUUAUUACUUCACGGAAAUGCAAUCAGACCAAGACGCUAAGGCAGAAGAACUACCGCGACUACAGUGUCAAAUGAUUAUUAUGAUGAUUAUUACUUAAAGGAAAUGAUCUGCUGUACUCAGUGAGCGACUCAUCAGGGCUCCCCCCACAAACAAGCAGCUGCUGGAGGAGAGUAGGUGAGUUGUGUUUAGUCUCUUUGCUAAAGAAAUCAGGCAAAGCUAAAAAGAUGUUUGAUGGCUAGUACUAUGGCUGGGACCCUUUAUGUACUAUUGAUGAAGUUAGAUCACUGUGUAUUGCUAUCGUGCGGUCGUUACUAAAGUUGGUAUAACUAGAGAAGCAAGCGGUCAGCAACAUUUAUCUCUUGAAGGGGUGUCUAACUUGGUGUUAUGGUGUGUUUGACCCUAACUUAAUUUUACGCCGAAAUAUCCCUUUAAAGCUCCACUGUGGGGUCUUUUGGAAUAAACUAAAAGUCAUAGUAAUGUGUUAAAAGCAAACAAGACCAGGAGGGAUAGGAUUGAUGAUUUUAAUGGUGAAGUAUGAGCAGUAGUAGCUUCAGUCUUUCUCUAUCAGGUAAGUGUUGAAUGUCAAAGGAUGGAGGCUGAAAAAGUGAAGAAAAUAAUCAUCUAUCUCUAAAAUAAUAAGCUUAAAAUGUUUCUAUUGCACUGCCAGUAGGGGCAGUAUGAAGCAAAAACUGUUUCUUCAGUAAGUAAUAUUCUCUGGCUGACUUAUGUUGUGUGGUUUUUCACUUUUCAUAUGUUGUUUCCAUUAUUUUGCCCUUCCCACUCAGGGAUUUGAUGUGUCAUUCAUGGAUCUCUUUAGCAGAGCACAUGUGUAGCUGCUGCUGUGACUCAGCUAUGACCUUUUGCUAAUGGGAGUGUUUUUAAAGCACUUUGUCACCCAGCCUGAUUAUCCUUAAGCUUGCGUUCCAAGAUUUCUGUCUAUCAGUGCGCCAGCCGCUCGAGAACUAGAAUCGGCUCCGCUCAAAUGAUGGACUGGCUAAUAAUUUGAUCACUGAUGGGAUUUUGCGUCAGUACGCGCAGGGCCCAGGUUGGACAGCGGUAAUGACUUCCAAAUAAACAGAGUAGUGAAAAGAGAGAGGCACUAACCACUGCAGCAUGGUGACAUCAGCCGCUGCCACAUAAAACACAGCCUGCUGCCUUUUUCUGCUUUUAGAAAGAGCUCAGCGAGCAAAUAAACCACGCUAAUGAUGGCACUCGGCACAGAAUCAGUGUGCUGAAAGUAGUAGAUUGAUUUAUUUAUAUCGUUUGUUUCGCACCGUUUCGCUGUCAGACAGGUUGUAGCGAGUGGCGGUUUCCAGACGUGAUAUGAUGUUCGAAUGAGUUUUGUCACUAGCUUGCAAUGAGCCGUGAAAAAAAGCAUCUUUUAGUGUAACGACCGGAUUGGCUGACUGAUGUUUGACGUUAUGAAUUACUGAGGAUUUUAAGAUGACAGAGGAAAAACAUGUCUACACUAGAAUCUGUUUAUUUUUAAGUGUAUAAGUAAUGAAAAAAGGCACUCUGACAUUGUGCAGUUGAUUGUUCUAGUACAAAGCAAGUUAAAGAAAGAGAUUUGACAAUAUAAAGUCCUCUGGAAGUGUGUGACUAUACUUUACUCCUUGACUGUUCCUCCAGUGCCUGCGCAGAAGUGAAGGGAAUUACGGCUCUUUUUAGUGAGCCAGAUCAUUCGGCUCAGCUCACCAAGAAGAGCCGGCUCCUUUGGCUCCCAAACGGCUCUUCAUUUUACCAUUUAUACAUUUUCUAAUUCAGCCAAAUUCAAUGGCUCACAGACGGGUGCCGGCUUCCAUCGUUCAUAUUAAAGAGUCGUCUCUUUGAACCGGUUCGUUCGUGACCGACACAUCACCUCUGCACAGUGGGUACCAGCUUCCAGAGCCUGCCUGCUCCACUAACCAAAACAAACAUCUAGCUUUUAUGUAUUCAACAGAUAAGGAUCCUUCAAAACAACAGUUUCUUGUAUGUGUUAAGGCCGUGCAAUGAAUCAAAUUUCUGUUUCAGUUAUGAUUUUGGCUUCCCAGGAUCAUGAAAACAAGAUAAUAAAAGAAAGACGACUUUGUUUGUAAUCUUUUCUUUUGCCGUUUCUGUGCUCUGCCAGCCCAGUGAACACAGCACUGCUGGAGCUACACCUGUCAAUCAACCCAGCGAUUAUCAUAUAAAAGAACAAAGUAAAGCUUUAUUUGACCAUGACUGAGAAAAUUUCUCAAUUUUUGGUCUUUAAAGUUGACACGUACCGUCCUUUAGCAUGGAGGAAAUAGGCUUCAUAACCUUCAUCCAUGCAGCUACAGUAUCCUGUGCCUGUGGAUUUGUUUGUGACACCACAUUUGUAUUUUAAACACAUACUAGAGGAACUAUAAGGCAGCUCAUUGACAGUAGCUGCGUUUACUUUUGAAAGAAACUGUAUCCCGAUCGAGAGGGGUGGUUUAUGCCAAUUGCUAUUCCGAAAUUUCCGCCUUUACUGACAAGACGUAAACAUGGUGGGAUCCUAAAGCAAUUGGUCCAUUUCUAACUCAACUUUUUGGCUCGAUACAGUCUUCUCAUGUAACGCAGGGUCAGUAUGUGCUGCUGGGCCCGCUUGAUGAUCAUGUAUGCGAGGAGCAAUACCACUGGUCUCAGAACCUGGUUCAGGUCCAUUCUGAGUGGAGGGAAAAAUCGUGGAUUGGAGUAAUCCACUACCGCGUUUCUUGGUUUGUUGACAGCACAGGCGUAAAUACAACUCCUCUUCUUCUGCAGUUGUUUUAGCUAAAUUAGACAACUCUGCGCAUGUACAAAUGCUUCUAAUCUAAAUAAAGCUUGGUGCAUGUAUACGCAUGUCAUGAUCGGAUUAUUUGCUUUUGCGCCCAUAUAAACAGUGGAUUCAGAUUUUCAGAUCCCUCAAAUUUUUAAUUGGAUCAAGGAAUUGACUAGUGAACAAUAAUAUAAAGUAAUCUUUAAGUAGAGUGUUAAAGAUUGAUUCCAGACACAUCACCGACGGCGCUAAAAACUUACCACAGGGACCAAGAACGCUUCUCUGAGGUAUAGCCAUGAUGAGUUGUGUGACAGAAUGACAAAACAUGGCCAUGGAUGGAGGAUGCACCCCAAGUCACCGGGCCAGACUCCUUUUGCAAUGCAUCCAGAAAACAAUCAAUCAAGAGUUUCUGUAUCCUUAUUUCUCAAUCUAUCCAUCCUGACAUCCAUCUCUGUCUGGACCCUGUUGAUGCCGGGCUGAUAAAGUUGUGGAGAAGUGGAGGAGAAACAAUAACAUCAGGGAUUCGGGUCACAUCAAUCUCCACCAAAUGAUGAAUAAUCCAGUUUAGUGGGAGCAGAGAGAUUAACAUUUUGGGGCACCAAAGAGAAAGGUCUCAAGACACUUCAUCAAUCAAGCCUUCUUUUUUUCUCCCUCACUGACUUGAUACCGUUUAUCACUCAGAAAGCCCGGAUUUUGACUUUGCUUUUCUUCACAGUAUUGAAUGAAAAGCCGUCUGUUGUUCAUUUUUUGUAGUAUAUUUUUUGCCCCUUGAUGGUUUUUGUGUUUCUCUUCUCUAGAGUUAGAUUGGUGGUAUGACAUGAAGUGAUUCCUCAGUGGUUCUGAUGGCUUUCAUUGUGUAACAUUUCUUCAGGCUCAUGUAAUGGUGUGAAAAUCAUUGAUUAAGUGCGAAAAUCCCGGGGAGUCCUUUGGUGUUGAAUUUAAUGAAAAAUUCAUACAUGUAAGGUUGUCUGAACGUUUCCUUAUGGAGCUUUCUGACAGAAUGGUUCAGUGCUAUUAAAUACCAUGUUGUUGCUUGAUGCAAAUACAUAUGGGAAAUUCUAAGAUCUGCAAGCUGCAAGGUUGGUUGCAGGAUAAUGUCUUUCAACUUGUCUUGAACAAACCUGUUUUAAUUCAAAGUUGAACUAAAUCCGCACUUGUUUCCUUGACAUCAGCUCUCUCAGUCCAGGUGGUCUUGAACUUCAGCAGGAAGAUUGCUGCUGCAAUUAGUUCAGGGUCUUCCAUCAUGCCACCUCGUGUGUUUUGGUCUCUUACUUAAAGAUGUUUAAAACCAUCACAGAAACCUUCAUCACAAUGCAGUACCUGAUCACAAAAUUGACUUUCCUUCAUUACACAUCAUUAUCUUUCUAUGGGUAGCGAGCAGAAAGAAGGCCAGCACUCUGUAGGUUGCGGCGGUGAGGUGUGGUGACCGCUCAGCUCAUCUACAGUCACGGAUCACAUCCAGAUGUCCAACAACACGUCUGUGUAGAGACAGGGCGAGGUUGUUCCCCUUUAACUCCCAACUCCAUCCAUCCUCAACAACACGCAGAGCCACCAUUCUGGCAGCUGGAAGCCUUUUCACAAACUAUCAAUCAUGAGUUAUCCGUGAAAAAAAACACAGGAUAAUAAAAAUGAGGGAAAAAUGAGGGUGGGACGAUUUCACUGGUUCUGUCCUGAACGCCAUCUUUCAGGCAGAGGGUGACAACACUUGGAAAAGAAACUCCUAUUGAGAAGUGAGUGUUUUUUAGAGGGUUUGGUCUCAUUACUGCGACUGCAAGUAUGUGUCUUUGAAUACUAUGGAGGGUGGACUUCAGAGAGUUGUAGCUAGCAUUGAGACCCUACUGCCUAUAAUAUAUAAUAUACACCAUGUAAUAUACUAUAUACUACAAUCUGUUCAGUGUUUUAUUCAUAAUGUAAGUCUCAAUACACUUGAUGAAACAAAGCCAGAGCUCUACCUGGUGACCGGCUGCAGAAUAGCUCUUGCAGUAUAGAUGUGGUCAGUCAGCCUCCUCUUUUAACUGAUGGGACAUGGGUCAGACUAAAAAAUACAUCAGAGCAUCAGGGCCACAUUGAGAUGAUUCCGACAAUAAAGUCAUAAAUUUAUGAGAAUAAAGUUGUAAAUUUAUGAGAAUAAAGUAAUAAAUUUAGGAGAGUAAAGUCGUUAAUUUAUGAGAAUCAAGUCAUUGAUUUAUGAGAAUAAAGUCAUUAAUUUAUGAGAAUAAAGUCCUUACUUUAUGAGUAUAAAGUUGUGAAUUUAUGAGAAUCAAGUUGUUAAUUUAUAAGAAUAAGGUUGUUAACUCAUGAGAUUAAAGUUUUAAACUAAUGAGAAUAAAGUUGUAAACUUCAAAGAAUGUAGUUGUUAAUUUAUGAGAAUAAAUUUGUAAAUUUAGGAGAGGAAAGUCAUUAAUUUUUUGAAAUAAGGUUAUAAAUUUAUGAGAAUAAAGUUGUUAAUUUGUGAGAAUAGUGAAUAAAGUUGUAAACCUUGAAGAAAGAGGUCUCAAUAUUUUAACCUGUUGUUUGAGAGGAGGGUUGUGAAAAUGAGGGCUGUGGAGCGUGUUGAGGAAUUGCACUUUGUUAUAUGUUUUACAAACAAGGAGAUACUUAAUCCUUUGGCAUAUCGGCAUUACAUUGUCAUAAGUAUCAGGACUUUAAUAAGAAUAUACAACAAAUUCAUCUUUUCUGCAGAAAGAACCAGGCGGACUUGGAGGAAAUCGUGCAGAGGCCAAAUUCGUCAAUGCAGCCGUUAAGAGCAUUGGCAUAGGGCUUCAUAUGCCAUGAGGCGUUUGGGCCUCUGCAUGUGUAGGUUACUGUCGGUGUCACCGACGUGGUGCUUGUUGGAGCUUGACUCCCUCUGGAACACAAAUGUUGACUAUCAGUUGGAUUGUUUCUUGAGAAACCACAGAAGCUCUCUGAAUUCCAACUGAACAAUUGAUCGACAGCUCUAUUGACCAAUGCAACUCCUGCAGCGCUCAGAUCAGCAGAUUAGAGAAGGAACAGUGAGAAAAAAUGUCAGUAAGUAUUUCAGUGGGGUCAUUAAACUCUUCAUAACGUUGAGGGUCCACUUCAAAACCCUCACAAGAACCCGAUCUGCUGUAGACCGAAGCAACUGAAGUAUCUUUGAUGUAUUAUUAGCAAGUCAAAUGCAUAUUUUGGUCGGCUGAAGGGGGAAUGACGUCAGUUCUGCAGCUCCACCAGCCAGGUCACUUCUAUGCAUGCCUUGGCUCCAUUAGCACAAUAUGUCAGCACUCAUCAGGGCGGUAUUAUGGCUUCACAUCUUACAAUAGGAAGAAAUGGGGGGCAGGUGGUCCAUAUUUAAUAUACAGUCAAUGAUACACACACACACACACACACACACACACACACACUUGUAACAGUCACUGCCAUCGUAAAUACUUCCUGGACUUAUAAAACCUAAAACUGAUGUCGGACACAUGUUCACCCAAAGUACUGACUGUUCUGGAUUUUUGUAACUUCUAUAUAAGUUAGCUUUCAGUGGUGGAAGCUAAUAACGUACUGAAACAAUAUUGUGCUGCUCUGCCAAUUAUAUAUCAUUGAUUAGUUGUCUCUAAUUACUUAUUAUCAUAUCUUUCUGAUAAGUAUUUUUAGGGAUGCUAUCAUUUAUCUUUUUCGUUAUUCAGCUUCUCCACAGUACAAUGAUCCAUGAAGUCGUUCAUGAAAACAUUUUUCUUUGCUUGUUUUUCCUCACUGCUUAACUGUACUGAAAUAAUAAUAGAAAUCACUUGGAGAAUACAUACAACUUUACCACUGGCUGCACUGCACACAUGCACACGUACACACAGAGAGUCAUUAGUCAGCAUUACCUCACUGUAUUACCUGCUCAAAAUGAGGAUGUUAUGAUUUCACCAUAUUUUGUUUGCACAGCCAAGCCACAGACAUGUUUUAUUUCUUUUAUUUGGAGCGUUGCUUAAUACGUGUGGUAUGUGUACAAUUUAACGGCAAACUGAUGUUGAUCCUGUGUUGUUAGUCCUCCCUAGAGGGUUUUUGUGGGCAGAUUGUCCAGGGAAAGCAUAUUAGCUGCAUGUGUUGGUGGUAUUGGUGGUUGGGAACCUCUACAAUUUGAGCUGCCAGUUCCUUUGGCUCCAGGCGAAGGAUUCCCUGCCAUUUAAUGGUACCUUACGCUGACUCUGGCUUGGCUCGGCAGGUUCUUUUUUGGCUUGCACAAGUGACAGCGGGAACAAAUCUCCUCCUCUGUUUAUUUAAUUGCUAACCGCUCCGGUUUGGAGACCGGGUUCAAAGGGCCGUCGAGCAGAGGGCUGCCUCGCGCUCCCCUCGGCCUCGGGGUAGCAUGGGUCAUCCCACAUAAUGAGUGGAAGGACUUACUUUACCUAGCCUGUCUCAGACCAAAACCAGCACGUGGUUCCCAUUUAAGCACAGAGGGGGAAAGAUUGCACCUUCAUCUGCCCGGCAUUUUUAUGUGUUUAUGUAUGUGUGCAAGUGCACAGUUUUACAUCUGUUCUUCACAGCCCGCAUUGUGUGAGUUUGUGUGCGUAUUUUGGAGAGUUUAAGUGCCUCGUCUGAGUGUGAGGUCAUUGUGUUUGCUCUGAAAGCCUACACCACAUGUCCAGCACAUGAAGUCGGGUUGUGAUUGGCACACGGGCCAUAUUUAUAACCGCAUGAAGAGCUCAGAGGCCACUGGCCAGCCUGAGACCGAAUGGAGUUCAUGGUAGUCGAUAGUGCAGAACUUAAGACACAAGUGGAAACCUCCACCAUCCUUAGAGAUUUUAAUAUUCAGGCCUGUUUCACAGACCAGGGUGGUGAAUGUUACAAAUAUUAUAGCAUUCACUCGAUCACUCCUGCUUUCUGUGUUGUUGGAUUUGUAUUAGUCGGCAUUGAGCAGCAUUGACGAUAUAAACUGGAACUCAAACAAAGACGAUAUUUAUCUUUUUUUUGACAUUUUUCACCUCGUUUGAAUGUGUUCCUCUUGAAGAUCAGUUAUUGGCUUCGUCCCAGGGUAUCUUGAGGCCAUUGUUGAGAGGAGGACCAGGUCUAAAUCAAACUUAAUCCUAGGCUACAAAGAUCAUCCAUUGCACUAUGUCUUCAAAGGUCUUGAAAGCGCUUUCACUUGUGAUUCCUCGGUGCUCCACUAAAUGACUAAGAAGGUCUUUUGUUCCAGCAGCAGUGAGAUUUUUUAACAGUGUAUGUUAGGGUCUGACUUGGCACUGCUGCAUACUUUGUAGAGAUAUUUUAGUAUUUAAUCAAGUCCUUAUCUUUUAUUGUACCACUUUGAAAUCAUGUUUCAUUGGCCUUUACUGUGUUUAUUGUGUAUCUGGUAUUACUCUAAGUUUUUCUGAUGUCUCCAUGCUGUUUGUUGUCUGAAUGAGUCUUCUUGUCCUGGUGGUGAAAUAGUUUCCCCCCAUGCGGGAUCAAUACAGUCUACCUUGCCUUAAAGAUACAGUGUCCUAAACAACAAAGCAUUGAGUAUCUUUAUGAUGAAAACUCUUCACAGGGAGAUUUUGAGUGGGUUCCCUCGGUAGUCGUUGUUGAUCGGUUAAGGUUUGAGAUUUCACCAAAACUUUAAACUCUAAAAACUGUAUCUACACUGUCCAAGAUUCUGGAUCAGUGGCUUAUUUUGAGGCUUCUGUUGAUGGUGCCAGCAGCCAAAAAGUAAAAAUACAUAUGUAAUACAAAAGAUCUGUUUUUGCACUGAUUCAAAAUAACAUUCAGAAAAGUUAUUAUUGUAAAACAUGUACUUUUGAUUGAAUUAUUAAGUAUCUGAAUUUGAAAAGAAGAGCCUUUUCCUUUCUCUCACUUAUGCAGCACACUGUAAAUCCACUAGUGGGCAGUAGAGGCAGUGGCGGGACACUAGUGAAAACCUCCACCAUCCUUAGUGACGCUCUUUCUGUUUACACCGUCCACCUUAAGUGAUUCAGAGCCGUGUGCUCUCUCUUCCGUGAGAUGGAUGUGUUAUGGUGAUGGAGUGAUCCGAGUUUAGGGCGGAUGAAGAGAGAGUCACGGGAUCUCCCACAGGAUUUGUUAAUUUUUUUAAUCUCUCCGAGGAGGUUUUUUUUUUUUUCCUCUCCUCUAUUAAUCAGCACCUCCUCCUUUUUUUCUGCUCAUCAGCUGAAGGAGCUGGGUAAUUACAUGACAGCUGUGGAUGCAGCUGUUUCAGUGACUGCAGCUUGUAGCGCACCGAGUCAGACUUCACUGUGGAGAGACUCUAGUCUUGGUGUGUGUCAUUCAUUCAUGGGUCCUGUGUAAGUGUGGGUGUGUUUGAGUACUACUAGGACUGCAGUCACAUGUGCGACAGAGUGUAUGCAUGUGGUUUUAGUCUAACUGUCUGUGCAUCCAGCCCUGUUUUUCAGUGCAUGAGGGCCGACAGUAGAGCAUGCGGUCUGGUUGCGUCACGUUUCUGCUGUUUGCUCAGUGUCCUGCACCACUCUUAGCUGUCCACAAACUACGUGGGAGGCUGUUUCCUCUCAAGAUGGGAAGUUGUUUUAGCCGCAGUGUUAGGCAAACACUGGUCCUGGCCUCAAUGAGUGCAGUGAAAUUACCCUGAAUUAACCACAUACUACGAUUUUCGACAAUUGCACGAAUCUCGUCUGCCACCCUGGUAUGCCCAGAGUCCUAGACCCUGUCUUUGUCAAUUUCAUACUCGAUGGGAAUCAGAGGGUUUUCAAACAAUAUCCCAGCAGAAAAUAUAAUCAGUAUUAGGCACAGACAAUUGAGCACAACCCAUGGGCGUAAUUGUUGCUACUUCAGUUGAAUAGAGGGUAAUGAAAACUCCCAACAUGUGUGUAGUUAACUCAAAGCCCUGAGAAGGGAGGCCAUGGGUUUAUUUUCACAAAUGAGCUCAAUGUGCAAAGAAAUACACUUUAAGCUUUUGGUGUUUAUCCCUCCCUCUACUUCAUGAAUUUUCAUCUCUGAGUUUUUGGCUCUGGUUGCCUUUUGUCAAAACAAAUAAAAGCCAUUUGGAUAUUUCUUACUUAAAAUAUAUAUAUACUACAAAUUCUAGGGCUGGGCGAUAUGGUCUCAAAUCAAAAUCACGAUAUGUUGAGCAGUUUAGCUCGAUAACAAUAAAUGGACGAUAACUACUCCACAACCUGCUCACCCCCUCCCACAUCAACUUCGUCUACUUCAGCCGCUACAACUUUUGAACCGUCCUCCAUCUCCUCACCUGUCUCUCCCUCUUUGUUACGGACUGGAUGGGGUGGAGCAUCUUAAAGGGACAUGAGACCAUAGCCUACCUACACACAUCCAAAACCAACUUUUAUUUGUUUAUUUAUUUGUUUUGACACGGAAUAUACCAAUAUGGGCAAAAUGACGUUGGUUAUUGUCAUAAAUUUCUAUAUUGGUAAAUUUUCAGUUUAUCGACCAGCCCUAGAGAAUGCAGUCUUAUUAGAAACAUAAGAUAAACUGAACUGAGAACCUCGAUAUGAAAAUAUUUAAAAGUGAAGCUGAAACCAUUUCUUAUUCAGUCCAAGCUUUAAUUCCCUCCUUAAGUUGCCUUUAUUUGAACUUUAAACAGCAGAUCCACGUCAAAUAAGUUUCGAAAUGACACUUGUGUACAGUUCACAAUCCAAAGUAAACUCCUCUGACAGCCACAAACCUAGUCUGGAUCACAUCUUCUCUGAGAUUUUUCCAGGCUGAACUGAACAACAACUCAGUGAAGUUUCAUGCUCUGCAUCUUUCACACAAUAAAACAUUCAAUCGUACAUUGUCCCAUUCUGCUCUACUGCCCCUGUUUUCCCACUGAACAGCUUUGUGGGCUAACUUUGAAGGAUAAAUCCCCCUCACACAAAUGUUGGUCAGCGGCGUUUCACAUCCUGGAAAUGAGUGUGAGUGAGUAAAUUCCUCUGUUUGCGAGUCUGUUUGGGUGUGUCUGUCUUUAUGAUGCUCACAGAUAUGCAUGCAUGUGUGCCUGUGUCAGCGUCUGUGCAUGGGAGCAUAUGCGUCUUCAUGUGUGUGAGCGCGUUAUGAGCGAAACACAGUCUGGCAUGAAGAUCAAAGUCUCUCCAUAACUCCUCAGUCAAUCAGUCAGUCAGCCAGCUCACUGUCAGGAAGCUCCACACAGUAUGAGUUAGACUCAGAUCAUUUCAAUUAGACAUACUUGUUCAGUUAGUGAAAUAUUUCGAUGACUAUCUCAAAGAAAACUACUUUGUGAGGUUACUGAAAAACAUGUGUGUACAAACUGUGGGAAAAGAUCAUUGCAUCACAACUUCUGUCUGAGACCUGGCGAGCCUGAGCUUUUUCAUAAUUUAUCCUCGUUCUGAUUUAUGUUGGUAUCUUAUAAUGUAAAGUAGGGCUCCAAAGCAUAACAAGAACCCAAUUUUGGUUGUUUUCAACCACUGGGUCGAAUGAGGACCACCUACAUACAGAAUUCAUUUUACCCAACCAAGAUGGGUCGCUGAUUUAACUCAGCGGGAUGUGUCAAAGGUACGACAUGUAGAAAUGGGAUGGCGAUAUCUUGCAGUAAGAUUCUCCACUGAAAGGCCCCCUUGCUCAACCUUCCUGUUAAUGAAGCGCUAAAGGCAAUGGUGGCUUACAAGGACAGAAAUGUCAUCAACAAUUCCUUUUGGACACAAAAAAACACUUUUUUUUCCUCAUUAACCGAAGUGCGUAUUUUGGGUAGCCACUUACUUAACACAAAUUUGGCUGUUACUAGUGCUGCAUUCCAGUUGUACUCAGAAGUUAGGAUUUUUAACAAAGGCUAACGACAGCUGACAAUGUAAACAACAGCUAACAGUGGCUAACAGUAGGCGUCCAUCUUGCUUUUCUGACUAGUUUACUGGAACGCCAUCAAAUCAGGUGUAUCAUUCCCAGCUCCGACAUUCCACUUCCGAGGUAACUGGAAUGCAACAUAGUUUUUUCUGUACUUUUGUAGAAACUUGAGAGUGCUAGAUGCUAGCCUACAGGGAAGGGGACCCACUCAUUAUGCAGUUAUCAAAGGCGAAUUCUAAGUUAACCAAUCUAAGUUUACCAAAAACAGAACAACGCUAUCUAAAUAGCUAACUCAUUAGCUAGCUUACGCUAAAAUAGACUAACUCCCUUGAAAUAAGGCCGAAAUAUGACCCAUCAAGCUUAACUCAACAUAUGUGUUAUUAAAAUAGCCCAGCAUUCUUCUAAGUGUCCAAAGGAGGAUGCAGGCUUUUUGACCAAUACUGCAGCCAGUCACUAGGGGGAGCUCUAUAAGAUUUGGUUUCACUUCAGGGAAGCCAUUGAGCCGUUUAUGUUUCAUACAGCCUAUAUGCAGAAUGGAUCUCAUCGGUCAGAGCUCAGUUCUCAUGUGGUCAAAGUAAAGCAUGACACCUGCUUGAUGCACAAGAGUCUCCAUUUGGAAACAUGAUCAGUUUUGUAAUACACCACCCAAACUCCUUUUGUGGAUGAGUGAUCAGAUGGUAGUGGAAGGUAAAUGUGUCAAAAACCAGUAGGAAAAAUUACUUUCAUGUCCUUCAAUAUAAAUGUCAUCCAUUUAUUUUUAAAUUGAAUUUAUUGUUUCCCAGUAUGCCCCCUCCCCCCCUUGUUUCGGGUGUCCUUGCUAAUGAAGUGUGAUGCUAGUGAUGAAGUGUAACAGCGGCUGGUUUUGUAGGUGCCGUGCCAAUGACAGGGGUGGUCCCUGCCUCACACUGCUGCUGCUGCUGGCACCCUCAUGCUCAUCACGCACACAUUGUUCAGUGGCACCUGGCCAUAAGAAAGGCUGAUGGUGAAAAGCCUGGUAAAGAUCAGACUCUCCUCGUUGCUAUUAGUUUUACACUUUAAAAUCCUUGUUUUUACGGAUCCUAAAAUGACAGGUCCCUCGUUAAUAUUUUCACUGUUAACAGACACUGAAAGCUGCAUAUAAUUUAAAAAGCAGAUAACCUCAAAUUAACGCAAGGUCUGCUCAUUGCACUUGCUCCUUUUUUGUUUUUUGGAAACAUUAUAUGAGAUUUAAUAUUUUGGAGCUGUUUUAAAUGUCUCAUAUUUGCUUAAGCCCAUUAAGGUAGACACUUGUGUAAAGUUGUGCUGAAGUCUUUGUGUGUAUUUGAGUCAUUAUCAAAAGAUAACAGCAUGACUCACUUGUUUUUAUUGUUCUGUGCACAGUGCUGGUCAUUUCCAGCUUUUCCAGGUUCAAACAGCUCAGGUUGCUUAGGAAAGCUUCUCCGGUAUUUCAGUCACGCUAUGCUUCUAAAAAAGCCCAGGUUUCCUUUUGUCCAAGAGUCGUCUGAAAAAUUCUUUCCGAGGAAUGUAUGAGGUGAGUUGAUAAGAGGAGAAAUCUGGAAAUAGACUGAAUUUAGAAGAAAUGUAAAAUGAUGAGUUUUAACUUUGCAUCACAAAACUUUUAAGUUAUUUCUCAAAUUAAUUAUUGGAUAGAAGGACGUCAUGCUAGGGACUAGAGUCCUGACUCAAAGUUGGGUGAAGCACUGAUGACUUGGACUUGGACUCUGAAUAGAAAAUUUGAAAAAGGGAGAGGACGACUCUGAUUGUUUAUACUGAUUAUGAAAGUUUUGUUGUUUUAGUUAAUUUUUUUGUAUUCAAACUCUGCUCUUUCAUCGAAAAAGAAAGCCAAAUAAAUCAUGACAGGAUGCUUGGAGUGGUCCACGAAUUGUGCAAAAGCAAAAGCAGUGCAAACAUGUGUUUUAAGAAACACAGAGAAGAAGACCGACCCAAACUCAAACCUUAAAGAGUCAUCUGUCCGUACCACAGUAAGCCCUUUUGGCUUUCAUAUGGUAAUGUUAGCAACUAAUGUAACUCAUCAGUUGGGUCCAAGAUGUUUCAUCGGUCAAAAACCUGAUGGAAAUCGGUUGGGUUCCUCACCUGUAGUGAUAACUGGUGUGUCCUUCCUUAAAAGAGCUUCAGUGCUCAUAUACAAACACAACAUAGUGCUUUUAAUUUAUUCGUAAUUUAACUCACUAGACACGUCAACUAAUGAUAAUCAGAGAAAAGUGCUUACACGUCCUACAUGGUUUACCGUAAAUAGUUUGGAGUCAAACAGCAGACUUCUUUAUAAUAAAUGGAUGUACAGUAUAGAGAAUAGGGAGAAACAGGGACUGGACUCCAGCUUGGCUUAGAUUCUUCUGUAAUGACUCCAACUUGACUCAGACUUGAGAACUUGGGACUGAACUGGGACUUGAGGUUUGAUGACAUGACUGUUCUUUCCCCCCACGCUCUUAUUGACUGUCCUUUGGCAUUUUCUCAGUUGGCAUAAUCCCCUCACUAAAUCUGAGUCUUGUAGUAACAUGUGUAUCUGUAUGCAUGUACUAUGUGUGUAUGGAAGAAACCCAGUAGACCUCUCUGACAGACCAUCUUUCCAUAAUUCACAUGUACCUUGUCUGUAGAGUCUAGAGAACAGAAACCCAAUGACCUGAACUAACUUGGAGGUUUUGUGCAAAUGUACGUGCUUUUCUCUUCAGUGUGUUCGUGGAGGUUCCACUUUUGUAAAUGCAUUUAUCAGGCAGUCAACCUUUUCUGUGUUGGUCAUGUUUGAUGAUGGAUCUCAUGGUGAACGUCAAAGGGUUAGGGAGGUGAAACUGUCCGUGGACACACAGCCGGUUCCAGUUUCAAACUGGCACACAAAUGGUUAGGAUUAAGCCCAGAAGUGUGGAGGCCACGUAAGUAAUUGUCAUCGCAGUUAAGGGUCAAGGCUAACUGGAGGAUAUUUGCCCCUUCAGACUCUUAACCGUCAGCUAUACUUGUGAUUGUCUUCCACGAUAUGAUUUUGAGUAACGAAUUGUCAGACACCCUGCGAGGAUUGUCAUAUUUGUGCUUACUUGACUCUCUGCAUAUGUUUCUCUUUUUGCACAGACAUUAUAAUGUACAGUUCAUUUAUACUAUUAUCAGAGAGUCUCAUUCAUUGUGUGCAUAGAACACCAAUGCUAUUUGACAUUAACAUCCAGAGGUGAAGUCUUGCUUCGAACAGCUGUCAAUGGCCUACAACUUGUUCUGCUGGACUAGUGGAGAUACAACUUUUCCAAAGUUCACAACAAUGUUGCCAUCACAAAGUUUUUAUUGAAAGACUGUGUUGCACCUCAGUAUGAAUAAACAAAACUUAAUCUUCAUCAUUGGCAAGUUCAGACAUGAUGUAAGUUGCAUAGAGCAAGACAUCUAUCAACACUCAGCAAGAUGUUACCAUGGCGGGAAUAAAGGAGACCCCCAACAUGUUGACCGGGGGAGCCUGCCAGUCCGUUUGGAGGGAGUCAGAGAUUCAUGGGGGGGCUGAUGGUGUCCAACAGUGAGACGAAUCUCUGCACAUGUGGUUGUUCACUUCAGAAGGCCAGAUGUUGAAAUGGGUGAGUUGUGUGCACAGAGAUGCCUUAACAAAACCCACCAGCUUAUGUGUGCAUGUUCUGUUGGAGGGACACAGAAAAGUAAGGUAAAGGGGGUGUGCAUCUCUUUCUUAAGCGGUGAUCUGAUACUAAUCUAGAUACACGGGUUAUGAUACGAUUCACUAAGGGUGCAAUUUGAUGCGAUGCAUUUUGAAUCUAUUAGUUGGUUGAAAGAGAAAUGUAUCAGGUCAGGACAGUGUCAUUAUGUUUGUUUUUCAAAUAGACACAGAAAAAACAGAAAAAAUCUUCAUCCAGUAUCUCUGUCUUUGCUAGCACUAGCAUCCACAGAUCCCUCGUCGCCCGUAUAGGUUUCUCAGUGCCGGCUCAACAAACCAGUGCUCAGACUAGUCAUGCUACCGCUUUAUGUAAUCACCAUCUUACACCCUUUACAAAUGCCCAGACUUGUAUCCAACUUUCCUUCCUUCUUUAAAAAUCCCAAGGUCUUCCACACUUGAGAUAUAUAAGAUUUGAGGGUUCAUUCUAAACUCUGCUGGUGCUGUCGGCCAUGUUGUUGUGUUGUUGUUACUCACAAAUACAUUGAGAGAAAGUAACUCUCGUAUACGUCACCGUGGUAGUCUCACGAGACGGGAGCAGCCAUAUUUAGUAGCAGAGCUCCAAUCAAGUGAUUCACAACUUAAAAAUUGGACACAGUAGAUAUAAAUUGAUCCAGAGGCCCGUUGAUUGAUGUCGUCAUGUCUUUUUUUAAGGUGGAAUCCGAUAACCGGUUCGUAUCGAUGAAUCUUUCCACAGGUAUUACUAAUUGUGUUAUUCAGGUCUUCGCUGACAUUCCUCGGUCUAAUUUGUUCCAUAAUUUGGGAUUUGAUUUAUGUGGUCAAGAAUCUGUAACCCACCUUUCCUACCCGUUUGCUUGAGUGUGCAGCUCUUUACUUCAAAUCCCUGAUGCUGUCGACAGAAAUGGUUCUCGGUACCAACUGAAUCCUAAAAAACUUUGAUGAUAGCUGUGUAUCAGGUCAGGGAUUGCACAGACCAGUUGCUGCACAUUGACGGCUGCUCCAUUUCCUUUACAAGUGGUCAAUGAAUGUGUUCCACUAAUGCCUUUUCUUUUUUAUGCAAACAUUGAAAUAAUUUGUUUGGUCUGGCACGCUACAGAAACUGGUAAAACUCCGAGAUUUCGAGUUAAACUCCUCCUAAUCCCUCACUCACCACGGACCCUCGGGGUGAGUUUGUUUACAAUAAGCAUCGGAGAGCAGGAAAAAAAAAGGCAGAACUUGAAAGAAACCCCUCCAAGACUGUGCAACUUCUUGUAAAUACUAUAAUUACCCUGAGUUUUAUCAUCAUGCUGGGUGCCUGAGAGUGUGCCAAGUGAAGUUCCAGUUACAUCUAGAGAUGUGUGUGUUUUGGUUGGCAACAAAGCACUACCCUCCAUACACACUCCGUCACACCAGGGCCAAUUGGUACCAGUUGUGGUAAGACCCCCCCUGCAUUACAACAAGAGGAUACAAGAGGAGGGUUGAUUGAAAAAGUGUCCGUUUCUACUCGUCUUUCUCCCCAUCCUCAGAAGAAAUCAACCCCUGAAUAAAAACAACAAAAUGAGUCCCACCAGGUCAGAUUGUGUCUAAAAACGCCAAGAGAAAAUAAGCUUUUUCCCCGUGCGCCGUGCCCGCUCCGGGAAUGAGUCCUGCAAUAACACCCAGACUUAAUACAGCACAUCCUGCAGCCACACUGGGGUGUCACUGUUUAUGGCAGUGCCUCCACCACCUACACACACACAAACCACUGCUGAAGAUGAGUCAGCAAAUCUAAGGCUUGGAGCGGAUAUGGAUCUGGGAUGCGGGAAUCUAAUCAUUAAAACGGGCCGUCUCCCAAACAUCUCCCCUCGCCCCUGCGUGUGAGUGUCAUAUUUGCUGUCUGACUCGAAUUAGGUUUAUAACGUGAUGAUUUGUUUGAAAAUGAGUGUUAAAGCCUCAUGCUAGGGUUGUAUUUAUUCAACGUGUUAUCCAAUCACUAUCUGUAGAGGAACAGGCGACGAGCCUUUAUUGUCUUUACACUGUAUUCUUUACUGUCUUUCAAUCUGUGAUUGUUUUUCCUCCUUUCUGCUUCUUGUGUCUUUGCAUUCCUCUGUCUCUCUGUUCAGUAAACAAUAAUUAAAACCUAAUGAGCAACAUACUUCCAAGAGUGUUAUCUUGGCCUGCUUGUUUUCCGUGCUUUGGCUUGAUCAUUCUUUUUCCAUUUUCCUCAUCCCACUUGGCCUCAGAAGGUCUGGAUAAUGUAUCAUAGCCCUUCAGCUUGAAUGUGCCCGUUGAUCUCGCUUGCUUUAACUUUGCUUUAGUUGAAUCAAAUCAUCUACUCAUUUCUAAAUGAGGCAGGGUAUUAUCAUUGAGAGCUGUGAUAAAGAGUCUGACCUGAAGGAAAGGGUUUCCUCAUGAAAGAAGCACCAGAUUGAGAAGUUACCGCAAGAUGAGAGGGUCAGGUAGGUGUUCAGGUAGAUGUUCAGUAAGGGUACGAUGAAGCAUGAGAUCAGCAAGAAUUCCUUGAGAUAUAGGUCUGAGGUGUAAGGACCUCAUACAUCCAGAUGGAGCUCUGAGUGGAACUGUUGGUCUGUUGUAUCCAGAGGAAUGAGGACUGCAUGCCAAAUCAGGUCUGUGAAUGCCCUGUGGUUUCUCAGGAUGAACUUCAGAACCACAGCAAGAUAUGUGUGUGUUUGCUAUCUUGCUUAGCCUGAUGACAUGAACCCAAAUAAGUUGAUAAAGUCGUACGGAGCUCUAAGGGGACUGUCUUAAUCAUCAGUGUAAUGAGGUCUAGACACACACAAGUUCUGUUUUUAGUACACGUUUUGUUUAGAGACUAAAAAAAGAGGUCUUGAAUACAAAUUUUCAAAAUGAAUGUUGAACACUUGUUGGCUGGGAGCCCUUUCAGGAAUUUGAGAAGAGUUUGGAGGAAUCCAGCGUCAUCAUCCUUUGCAUUGAAGGACGUGUUUGGCAUCUGAUGUUGAGCCUAUCUUAUGGUCUCCGUACCAAACUUGGAGGAGAUCUCAGGACAGAUCCAGAGCAUGUUAGAGUAAUUGCUUAUUCAAUCCAUCCUUCUUCAUCUUCUUCUCCUUCUUCAUCUCCUUCUUGGUCUUCUUCUUUGUCUUCUACGUCUUCUUCUUCGUCUUUCCUUCUCUAUCGUUGUAUUCUUCUUCUUUUGCUUCUUCUUCUGCUUCUGCUUCUUCUUCUUUUCCUACUUCUUCGACUUCUUCGUUUCACAUGGCCUGCUGUUGUCAAGCAGAGCUAAACAGCCAUUACACAGUACAAACAUAUUAUGUGAUCCUUCAUUAACCGAUGAAACGUUUGUGUUGAGUGAUAUCAACAUGUCAACAUACUUUGUUGACAGAUCAGACUUUAAUCUAUUAUCUUCAGGUCCAGCAGCUGAUAAAAACCUGUUUCAGUCACACACAAAUAGCUGUGUGUAAGCCGGUGUUUUGAUCUGAUGAGGUACCCUGUAAACUGGAGACUUUCUGCCAGUGUGUCAGUGAUUGUAGUUGUCAUAACUGUGGAAAAUAGAGCAAGUGUUUGUGAACGUCUCUUUGUUAGUAAUUUAUUGAAGACAGAGCUAUUGUGUAAAUUUUGACACACUCAGUCUCUUGUCCACAGACCCAGUGUCAACAUCGUUGGAGUAGAUUAAAAUAUGGACAACUCUUUCACUGACCAGUACCUCUGGUUUCAACUGGUGACGAUGACGAUUAAGUCGACUUAACGUCUAUAACCUGAAUCAAGACUGUCUACAUGCUUAUGAAAUCCAUUUUUGUAAGAACUUAAUAGGGACAGCAGCUCGAGGGGUUGUUUCUUUUUUGUGCGACCUCUCUAGAGUAACAACCGUGCAAAAACAUAAUAUGCAACCCCUACUUGUGUGCACCCUGGAUUAAUAUAAUACUAAUCCAAUAAAAUUUGGAAAAAAAGCCAUCGAGUAGCCCUUGAAUAUUGUCUUCUGUGUUGUUGAUCCUGUGGAUGUGAAGGGGCCAUGGUCCCAGAUGACACUAAAAGCAGGGAUGGAAACAGAUCCAUGAAGUACAGUAGUUGAUGGAGUAGAGGCAGAUUUAGUCAAAGGAAUCGCACUCACACAAAAAGUGUGUAGUGAUCGCACAUUGAGAGUCAGCAGGUGACGUCAUAUGAAAGCAACAUCUGUCUCUUAUUGGUGUGUUCGCUCCAGGGUCCUUACUCCUCUACACACAAGAAUCAUGCUUUGCGUACCGAGUGUUUUACAUCAAUAAAAGACACUGUUGGUAGCAAAGAAACAAAAUAGAGAGCAGGCAUUUGUUUCUCUCUCAGCCGGCGUACAUGCUCUGUAAGCACCCUCUUCCUAUCCUCGAUGGGAUUCAGAGCUUUACAUGGUCUCUGAAUUUAUCCAUCUAAGGCAAUAACUCUUUUUUUCAGACUUGAAACUCUGGUUAAUAUGCUCAUAUGGGUAUAGUUUUAUAGCAAGCAGCCUACAAUUUACAGGGCUUUCGCUCAAAGCCUAAUUUUAUGUGCCAGAACGUUCGUGGACUUCGCCCAGCUCUCUGAAAGUAUUUUGAAUUUCUGAUUCAAGACAAAAUCAUUAAUUUUACUGAAUUAAUCAAAUUCAUGCUGAAGGAUAGUUUUCAAAAUGAACCUUUUAAAAUCAUAUUUCAACUUUAAUGGGAAGAAUUCUUACAUUUUCAGUUUUAGACCAUGUAGCUUGUUUAUUUUCCAUAAACUGGCUUCAUGGAAAAUUUUAUCGUUUAGAGCUGUAAAGCUGUUGUCAGUCAUUUCUCUAAAAACUUUGCCUACUGUCUUCUCCUAGUCCCACUAUCCCAAAAACCAUCUACAAAGCCCCCUCUGACUGUGAGUGGUUUUGUUUGCUUCUGACCAAGUACUAGAGAGGCUAGAGUCAGGAGUCCCGAGGACAUAAGAGCUAUUGUUGAUAAGUGUAGACAAAGAGGGCAUCAUCAAGCUCUUCCAGGGAAAACCAGUCGCCUCACUGAAAACUUAAUUUAGAUUCAGUUGCAUUUUAUAAAAGACUGAGCACUGAGGGAGACUUCAGUUUGAUUUGAUUUACCUACCGAGAUGCUGCACACAUAUUCUCACUCCAUUACUCGUUCUGCAAGGCAUCACAAAUCGCAAGGACGCAUCAGCUAUAACAGACAGCAACAAAGCAGCUAGCAAAGAAAAAUGUGUGGGGUACGGUUACGCAGGUUCCAUACGCUCUCACAGCGUGGCUUUGGAGGUUUACCCAGUGUAAUAGUAUUUUAAACAAACAGACCCCGGUUGUGUAAAGCCUUCUUUGUGGUCUGGCAGAUCUAGUCCAGGCCGGCAACUGUCACCCACAGAAGAAACAGUUUCAAGAGGAAAUUGCGAAUUAUGCUGUCAGAAAUAUGACUGGAGGUGAACUAAAGGACUGGAAAAAAACUGUACCCUGUGCCCAACCUUUCAACCUUUCUGAACGGUUUGUUGCACAUUUUAUUGAGAAUUCGUAAGUAAAUUUAAACGUCACAUAAGACUUGUUGAAGUUGCAUGCUCACUAAAAGUUCGGUGUCUCUUCAUCGGCCCUGCUCGUGAAGAGAGGCUUUCUUUCUUCCAAAUUGUUGCCUGAUGCGUCGAUGAUGAUGACGUGGAAGUCUCCAGGGACCCUGUGCAUACGGCACACUCACGUCUCCAAACACCUCGUCCUUGGUUCCUCACAGCCCAGCCCUUCAAACUGACAGGCUUUACUUUCCAUGCGACUUAAUUAUCUGAUGUCAGCCAAAUAAGACGCUGCCUUGUUGAGCAAUGACACAUCUCAGUUGAUGAAAUAGUCUCCUCAAAGUGGAGCUGGAGACAGUUGUGCUGUCUGAAUAUUAUUGAUCGUAUAUAAUAAUCAUGAAAUUUGAUCUCUUCUAUGGAUAAGACGGUCUGUUUGACUUGGCACCGAGCUGUGGAUUGUGGAUGAGUCGAGCUUCCCACUGUAAAACUUCUAUUUAUUAUAAGAUGACGGGAGUUUUUUAACGACUUCCUUUUCCUCCGAUAAACCUUGGAUGUCUUUUAGCGGCGUCUUUGUUGUUUGCCUACGUUUCUGCAAUAUUUUACUCCUCCUGGAGACUACCUGUCAUCAAAUUGGGGGUAGACAUAAAAACAGGCCUUGAGUUCUUUAAACAAGCAGAUUUCAGAUAAAACAGGAAGUUGAUUUAUUAUUUUAAAGAUUUCUCUACUCACUUUUUUAACUCCCUCCUCCUAUUUGUACCUUUGCAUCAAUGGUCAUUGUUCUGUUUAAGUUAACAGUUCACGUUAGGGAUACUAACCUCAUUAUAACCCUGUAGUUAUCUGUUUUAAUUGUCAUGUCAAACCUCUGAAGAUGCCACGUCAACAUAACGUUUAACUCUAACAAAUCAAACAGGCUUCCAUCGGGGUGACCUUCAAGUCAGGAAACCCUAUUCAAGGACCCCAGCCACCACACACACACACACAAACACACACUCAUACACAAAUCACACGCUCUCUUACUUUGGACGCCCAGGCACAACCCCUGAAGUCUGGGCUUGAGUCUUUAAAAGCCAUGAACAAUAAGGGCCUGAUUAAAUCCAGAAUGGAUUCAGGAAGUAGUGAAGCGGUUUGAAAGCGUGAGGAGUGCUUUCACACAACCCUCUGCAUCAACAACACCACUCGUGUGUAUGCAGCCUCUGUCUUUUGAAGUUGAUGACUGGGAGAAAGUCCUGCAGAACCCGUCACUAGUUUAUAUCAUACUGGGAGGUCUCUUCUGCAUUAAAAUCAAGUCUCUUUUACAGCAGCUGGUAGCGUAAUAUGCAGAACUAUAACACACUUUAUGUCAUUGGCUUUGUCUUUCAGAAAUCAUCGAUGACCUUGCACACCUAGUGGACAAGACGGACGACAGGAUUCGAAAUGAAACACGGAGGGUGAAACUGGUGGAGACAAAGUCCGCCUCCUGUGGUGAGUUUUCAAACAUGUUGGAGCUCCUUGGUCAUGACAGUCUCUGUAAAAUAGCUGUUUGCGUUGCUUGUGAAGCACAAGUGAUGGAAGGAGGAGAAAGAUGCCACAAACCUUCAACAUUACAUAUUUAUCUCUACAUCUGAAAAGCACAAAAAGUGUAAGGAUUGAAUUGAUAAUGACACCUGUGAAAACUUAAAUAGCUUCUUCAGUCAUUCAGAUGAGAAAUACAGCAGCCAUACGAUACAAUAUUAUCACGAUACUUGGGCCACGAUACGAUAAUAUUGCGAUUUUAACAUUUUGUAAUACAGUGAGUAUUGCGAUACAAUAUAUAGCGAUUUAUACAAUUUUUUCAGCUGUUUAGCUAAUUUAGCAUUUGUCUUUUCUUUAUAUUUGUCUUAUUUACACAGUGUUUUAUUUUCUCGUAGCACAUCUUGCAAAGUUUUUAUAUAUUUGUUGCACUAACUUUCUCCUGCUCUAUGAUGUCCCCUCUGCCAACAUCACUGGACAAACAGUUUUUAUUUUUCCAUCAUCUUAGAUUUGACUUCAUAUUAGCAAUUAAUUUGAAAAGUCGAUACUUGGUAAAUGAGACAAUACAAUAUAUCACCAGACAAAAUAUCACGAGACUAUGCUGUAUCGAUUUAUUCUCCCACCACUAACAACAACCACCCAAAGGUUCAGCAUCAUGGGACGUCCACAGACUAAUAAUAUGCUUGGAUUGAUAUCUGUAUCAUUAUCUGCCUGAAUAAUAUUCAUACAUAUUGGAAAACUGCGAAAAUCCAGUUUGGUGCACCCCCUUAUAGAAACCAAGAUCUCUUCUUAUAAGCAUAUUAACUUAAAUUUCUAACACCAGAGGCUGCUGCUAGGUUUACUUGAAGGAGUUAUGAGCAAGCAUCAGGCCUGUCUUUGCAGUUCACAAAGCAUGUGCCUAACAGCCUAUCACUUUUAUAGAGGAAGUUACCCAGCUGUUGUGAGACAGAGGGUUUGAAAUAAGCAUCGCACUUUACUUUGAAAUUGUUUUAUGAGACAUAUACAGUCAAUCAUGCUGGGUACAAAGUUAUCCGUAUGCAGUUCAAAGUUCUUGUCUUUGCAGCUCAUUAGUGUUUUUGCUAUUGCUGCCUCAGUCUACAUCUACAGACACAUUAGUGCUUAUGUGAAAAGACAAAAAAACUGGACUGACUGUCACAACUGCUGACAAAGUGUUUUGGUCCUCCUCAUGCUGGUCCUUUUAGGGAUCAGAAGUUCCCUGUGGCUUGGUUUGUAUAACCAAGCCACAGGGAUAAUGUAAUGUAUAAUUUCAGAAAAUGAUAAUCGUAAUUCAUGAUUAAGAUAAUGCAGUGAAGCGAAAAAACUUUCACAGUGCUCUUAGUUUGAUGGCAAGGAAACUCUGUUUAAUUGUCAACAACCCUGUACUAUAUAGACAAAGUAAAACCAGCCCCUAGUGUUGCUUUACAGCAGGAAUCACAGCUGUGAUGCAUUUUAAUUAUGAGCUGUCCAUACUAGGGCUGGGCGAUAUUGCCUCAAAUCAAUAUCACGAUAUAUUGAUCAGUUCACCUCGAUAACGAUAAAUGGACGAUAACUACUCCACAAGCUGCUCACCCCCUCCCACAACUAACUUCAUCUACUUCAGCCGCUACAACUUUUGAACCGUCCUCCAUCUCCUCACCUGUCUUUCCCUCUUUGUUACGGACUGGAUGGGGUGGAGUCACAUCUCUGACGUGGGACAGCGUCUUAAAGGGACAUGAGACCAUAGCCUACCUACACACACAUUCAAAACCAACUUUUAUUCCUUUAUUUAUUUUGACACUGAAUAUACAGAUAUGGGCAAAAUUACAUCGGUUAUUGACGUAAAUUUCGGUCUAUGUAAAUUUUCAGUUUAUCGCCCAGCCCUAAUGUAUACAGAGGCUGACAAAUACAAAUAUGCUGCCAAGGCCAAUGUGUUUUUCCUUUGGAGAAACUCAAUAGAAGAAAAUAAUUCAAGGAAAUAUUCAAAAGUAGAAAAUGUUGUUAUAGAAACCUUUUGCAAAUAAGACAUGCUGCAAAAAAAGCAAAAACAAAUGCAUUACCUGAAAAAAAAAAAACUCCUUAAAUGAUCUAAAAUGUAAAAUUCUGAAGUCACAACCCUGAAGAAGCUUCAUUCCCAUUCAACAUCCCACCCCUGCCUCAAUUCAUUUAACUUUGUUUCAAGUCUUGUUCAGUCACAAAAGACUUAAUUUCUUCUUUGGGGAUAAAAGGAAACUGGCAACAAUGAGAGGUGAGAUAGUGUCCAGAGCCAAUCAGCCAAUCACCAGACAGUAUCACUAUGGAGGAGGCUACAUUUUUGUGCUAGGAGACCCCGCAAACAGGCGGUCUGUGACAGAAGCAGAGGAGGCAACAGGAAGGUCAGACCCCAGAAUGCUUCAUUCUGUCAGCCGGGUCCCCAUGGUGCCCGAGCGUGAGUUUGUUUGAAGAUCCCAGAGCUCAUAUUGUGUUGGAAUCAGGACUCUUUUCUGUCUUUUUUUGUCUGACUCGGUCUUUUGCCAACUGUGUGCUCAGCUCCAGGCUUUAAGAACAGUCAUGGAGCGUGUGUUUCCCCGUGCACACCUGCAUACCAAGCAUCAAACGUAUUUUCAUGUAUCGUGCGUGUUUUUUAGAGGAGUUCGACUAAAUGUGUGCGACCAUAUUUGCACUGUAUGGUCUUGUGCACACUUGUAAAUAAUAGAGUGUUAGUGUGCAUGAUUGUGUUUCUCCAACCUUUUCUGUGAAUGGAAAUUUCCUCCAUGGUCUUCUUCACUCUCACCUCAAUGCUCUCUUUUUUUCCAUUCCUCUCUGUCAUCCCCCUGUUCGUCUCCUCGGUUGUUUGACACUCGUCUUUGUGUCGAGCAGAGAAAGAAUUGAAAAUACUACAUGCCACAAAUUGUUCCGAGGGCUCUCCCUCUUUCUCCAUGGCAGCGUGUUUAUAAUUCCUCAGCUUUAAGGCUUUAUUUAUUUUUGAAGCCACCUCUCAUCCGAAGCCGGCAUUUGGUGUUAUGUCUCAACAGAGUCCUUGUAAAGCUACAAAGGUCUGGUUCAGACAGGCAAAAGCAUACUUAACAUAACUAUUAAAAUCUGCCUUAUAGUAAAAGAUGCAUUUAGUGUUUCUAACACAACCUGCAAAAUUCGUAGAAAUGUAAAAAACACUGUUUACUCAACAAUUUACUGUAUAAAUCACGAGACUUGCACAUAAUAGCGAGGGGCAAAACAUCCUGCAUUAAAGAUCUGAAACAGUUGGAGCUGAACUAUAAGAAAAAUCAUCUAACCUAAAGGGAUGAACCCACCAAGGUUUCUGCAGGGAGAGUUUCUGCAAGAGUAGGGCCCUAAGAGUAGUAAAACCACUGCGAUGCUCAACUCAGACUGGGAAGGGACAUAAAUCUUAUAAAUCUGCAAAAAAAUCUGGACCCGAUUUGAACAUUUUAGAGCAGUUUCUCAUGAUUUUACACUCAGCAGAAAUUACCAAUGAUUUUACUAAAAGAUGUUCAUUGAUCAACGACAAUACAUGAGCACACAGGAGGCAAAUAAAUGCACAAAGAUUUAAGAAGACAAAACUGUAAAGGUUGUUUUUCUCUUUGCUUUUGAACCAUUUUGAAGAUAAAAACAAACCUCAACCAAAACGCCACUCUAUAGCCACAAAUAAUGUUCAGAACAGCACCUAACUUCAUCAUCAGUACAUAUAGGGUCCCAGCCAUAGUACUAGCCAUCAAACAUCUUUUUAACUUUGCCUAAUUUCUUUAACAAAGAGACCAAACACAACUCACCUACUCUCUUCAAGCAUCCACUUGUUUGUUGGGGGAGCCCUGACGAGUCAAUCACAGAGUGCAGCAGAUCAUUUCCUUGGAGUAAUAAUCAUCAUAAUAAUCAUUUUGCACCGCAGAUGCGGUAGUUCUUCUUGGUCUGAUUGCAUUUCCAUAAAGUAAUAAUCAUAAAUGUUCUUCCUUGAGCUGGGAAACUCCACUGCACUCGUUGAUCGACUAGUCAGGGCUCAGGGAGUGUCUAACUCGGUUUUACGGUGUGUUUGACCCUAACUUAAUUUUACGCCGGAAUAUUCCUUUAACACAUUUUUGUCAAACAUUAAAAAGGUUAUUCACUUUGUCCACAGGGGGCGCAAGAAUCAACAUAGAAAGUUACUAAUAGGGGCUUUACAGUUAACAAGUCUAAUAUUAGCCUUUUCAAUGAUAAUGAUGUUGAUAAUAGAGGUCAGAAUGAUAAAAUCACAGUUGAUGUCAAGCUGUUCUGGAAAUUAACAUAAGCAUUGUAAUUGUGAUGAUAACGGUGUUAUAGGAAGACCUUCUAGAAGGAACAACAGGAGCCCCCAGAAAGAUCUAACCUAGUAAAUGACACCAGAAGAAAAACGCUUCUGUCUAUGUCUGUCCAAUGUUUACACACAUCCAUCCUGAACUCAUUCAUAAAUCUUAACCAUAUAUCCAGGUUUUCAAAUAUAACCAUGUUUUUUAGACACAUUGACACACUCUCACACUGUUAGUGGAUAAACUCGGCCUAGCAUUAAAGUCAUUACUUUCCUCCCACUUGUUCGAUGCUGUCACUUUAACAAGCUAAGCCUGAUUCACAGAGUCAUUACCACUUGUUGGGGAGAAUUUAGGAGUGGAGGCUUUGACUUUGGCGGGAUUAGUGUGGAAGAUUAGUUUACGGCACCAAAGGGUCUCUUGGAGAGUAGUGUGUGUAGCCCCCUGAGCUUAAACGUCACCAGCAGGCAACUCCAGUACUAAUCCCCCGGUUUGUAGAGGACCACUUGUGUGACCCCACACAUCCUGCAGGUGGCUGGCAUCUCAAGUAGGUUUGCACUUUGGACUGAGAAGGGGAUCGAGAGAGGCUGUGGGUGAGGAGAAGGACCAUAUCAGAGGAGAAGUAUUCAGAGAUGGAAACUACACUAGUGAAGGAAACAUUAAUUUUGUCCCAUAGGAUGCAGAACUGUAAAGACGUCGGUUUUAAUCAGCCGUCUUUAUUGUAAGCUCUUAUUCCUCUCACUGCCUUCACAUGUUUUACUGUUGGAAACCUGAAAUUCAAUAUAUAUGAAAAGCUCGACAAAGAAUUCCUCUUGGUAAAACAUCUUGCUAAUGAUUUUCCCACAUUUGAGAUUCCUUUUCAGUGCGUGACAAGUGAAAUUAAACUUUUCUCGAAAAAUCUAUAAAUAUUUAAACUCUUUUCUCAUCGUGUCUGCCAGCCUUUUCUGUGAGAGCAAUUUAGCUCGAGUUUAAGUGCUCACGCCCUGAAACGGCCCCACAGUGCAUAUGGUUCCAUCUACCAGCUGAAUGCCUGUAAUCACAUUUAUAUUACCUCAACAAGGUAAUUUAUCAGCAGACCUGUGAGUUAAAUCCCACAGCUGGAGGAGGAAAUCACGGAGAUGGAGCUGUACUUAGUCCUGCUGACUAUAUAUGUUGGACAAAUUGAUCACUCUACUUUGGAUUUUAUUAGAAAGGAGUCGUCUUGUCGCUUUCUGUUGGCAAAAGGAAAAUGGCCAAAAGCUGCUAUUUAGGGGACUGAACAAACAACUCAGCAGAGACCACAAAACUUUACUGUCCUAAGUCCCAGAAUUAGAAAACUGAACCUUAAAUGGGACAAAAUGUGAAUCCAAAGUGCUGUAGUGAAAGAUCUUCAUGCUUGAGAUAUUUAAGCCAAGCUAUGAAUUUUGUUAAAUACGGUUAAAUAACUGUCUUAGAUAUUUCGUAAAAUAUUUGGAAACAUCCAAGAAUCCAACCUCAAGGGGGUCUGUGGUGGAUCUAACCUCAGAAUUGCAAACCAAAAUGGGGCAUCGAGAUGGAGCCACGAUCUUGAGUUUGUCAUUAUACAGUUUUCUUUAAAGUAGGGGUGGAAAUAAAGCUGAAAUUAUCCUUUCAUAUGUUAAAAUGGUAGCUUUUAGCAUACUGCUGAUAUUUUUGGUAUUUAAAGCCCUUGGCUGCAUAUGUUGGGACCCUAUAGUGACUUUAAGAGUAUGGACCUUUGAAGUCUGUCUGUGUGAAAUUAAAAAAUAAAAACUAAAAAAUAGAAGCGACUUUCUUUAAAAUUCUUUCUAUUGAGUUUUCCAUGGUUGUAUUUCAACAGCGAAUGCCAGGACGCACUUCAAAACCUAAAAAAAAGAUAAAUAACAAUUAAAUAAAUAAAUAAAUAAAUAAAUAAGAUGAAUAAAUCUGUAAAUAUCAAAGAAAAAUAAAUAAAUAAAAACAUGCCAAGAUCAUACAGAAUCAGAUCCUACCAAAACAAUGCAAAUUAAAUAAAGUUAAAUAAACAUAUAGAGGAAAUAGAGAGGGGAAAAAAUAAUAAAGUAAAGUAAAACAAACAAAAAAACAGUAGAAAAUACUAAAAUAAAAUAAAAAAAAAAGAAGCGACUUCAGCUGAGAUAUCUUAACAACUACUGUGGUAUUUGAAAUAAACAUUUAUUGUCUCUAGAGGAUAGAACCCUAUGACUGUCAGGGGAAAAACAAAUAAAAAAACUAACUGUGUUGGCAUUUCUGAGUUUCCCCCAACUCAAAAGUUACACUUCGACUGUAGUACAGAAGCUUGAUUCUGAUUGGUCAGUACCGGUGUUUUAUUUUUGUAUGGCAAAGUGUUGCUAAAGACAUCCAAUCCUAACAUGUCGAUUAAAAAAAGAAAACUUAAAUUGCAGAGUCAGUCACCUCUGCCUGUUGACACUGUGGCCAAAACUUUAACAUUAGUUCAGUUUUGCUGGGACACUAAAUCAGUAAACAACACUGAGGAUAUGUUUUAAACUAAGCACAAAACUUUUGACUCAGGGUAAACGGCUGAUUAGUCUCCUCAUAGAAAGUAAAAUAUAAGACAGAAGAAAGAAAACUGAAAGCUGCUAAAUCAUAACCCGAUUAGUUAAUUAAUCUUUAAACUCAUCAAUGGCUUUAAAGUAGCUGUACGAUAAUAGAUAAAUUGCUGCCCAGGACAGAACAAACUAUUUAUAAUUACUGGAUAUAACUUUAAAUCGAUUGAUUGUUAUUUAAUUCGAAUGAGAUCUUAAAACCAUGAGUAUAGUUUAGUGUCCUCUUUAGAUUUGCUGUGAGAAAAAGACGCUGUCACACUAACCUUGUUAACAUAAAAUUAGUCCCUCUUCCUUAAAGGUCAUUCUCCUCUUUUGUGGUCCAAAAAGAUCUUUGAACCAUAAGCAGUGGGGGCGCAGAGGGAGCAGGGAGGGAGGUUCAGAGGUUGUCUCAGCCUGUCCGGGACUCUCACCAAUUAUUCGUUUUCUCUGCGAUCUGUCUUAUUGAUGUGUCUGAAAAUUGCCAAGAUGGGAUGGACCCAGACUCUGGCCCCCCAAAAAACUUCUGGGUGGUCAGUCUAUCAGCAAACACCAACUAUCUCCCUCUGCAUCAGUGUCACCCCACAAGCCUAAUCUAUUUGGCAAGCAAACGACAUUAUUGUCAUUAGUCUCUGGAGGGAAUCUGAGGGUCAGGAGAGGCUUGUUUAGUUACUGUGGCAGGCAGGAGGGUGAGGGUCAGUGCAGGGGUCCAAUGUGGCUCCAUGACUGACUGUUAUUUGACAUUAGAGGGUGUGAGAGAGUUUCACUCCAUACCAACACAUGCUUAUGUUUAUAGCUAAGCCUUUACCUCUAUUGUUGUUAUGUCGUUGCAAAGUGAAGUUGCGCGCAGAUGUUGGAAUAAUAUUCUGAUGUUUGAACGCGAUUUGAAUCGGCCGCUGCUUCGGUAUCAUUUACCACCCAAACAAAGAUAAUUGCUGGAAACUUGUGUGCAUGUGUGUUUGCUUUAAGUACCAGGCUUUUCAAAGAGCCAUCAAAAAGCUGUUUGAACGUAUGUUUCUACUUUGACGUUUAUAUGAUAGCCACAUGUGAAAGUUAUAAGGAGGAAUGGUCUUGUUAAGAUAGAGCUCCAAACUAAACGGCUGAGUAAUGGACCCAAUGAAGGGGUCAUUUAGGGAAUGCAUUUCCAAGUGUGGCCACUAGAGGCCACAGUAUUAAAGUACCUGCUGGAUUAGGGCCCGUGUCCAGUAGCAGCGUUUUAUUUCUUUGCACUGGCAGCACCCACCAGACCACAACUUUGUGGCUUCUCAUUUGUCUGUACUGUUGCGAGUUGAAAACUUAGUUAAAACAGUUAUUUAAUAAAAUUCAACAAAAGCAACAUAAAACCAAUGGAUUGGUCCUGUUUUAGUUUAUGUAGCAGGUCCGACCUUGAAGUUUUAUCCAAAAAGUUGAAGGUGUUUAGUUUCUGGUCCUGUCCCUCCUUGAUUUUGAUUGGUCUUUGACAGAGACAAGCCAUCAACAAGUUCAAAAAGUUGAAAAGUUCUGAGUAAGGAUCGACCAUAGACUGUAUGGCAACUUGGUUCCGCCUUCCGCCAGUAUAUGGAUUUAAAACCAAAAAGCUCUCAGUAUUUCCGCGUUUUUUUCUUCGUUUCCUGAAACCAACAUUGCGCAGUAGCGUUGUACGCAUUUGGUGAAAGAGUCACGGAGAGUCGCUGUGAUGACGGUCGGCUCAAACAGCGUACCCCCGGAGUGAGCUACGUAAUCCUUGUAGGCUGUAUCAAGUGUCAGUCAUAAAAAACAUGAACCCCCUUAAAACUUUUAAAAACGGAGCUGUACAGAAAAAUGAGGAGCACAAACAAGUCUUACGUUAACUACAUGUCAACAUCAAAAGCAGGGGGAAAAAGAUUUACGCUCUGUGUAAUAAACUUCUAAAGUUUGUCCACAGCCCCAUAAGCUUUGCUGGCGGAGGCGGGAUUUAUGAUCUAUACUGCAGCCCGUCACCAGAGGGUGCUGUUUUCAGGGUGGCUUCACCCAGCGAGGAGGCAGACGCUGUCCAUUCUAUAUAGAGUCUAUGGGAUCGACUGAUAUGUUUUUUUUAGGGCCAAUACCAAAACCGAUUGUAAGUAACCAAGGAAACUGAUAACAAAUAUUUAGAACCAGUUUUCAUUUGCAGUAAAAAUGUGUAUUUUGGUGUCAAAAUUUUAGAUAACACACCUGGGAUUAGUCUGAACUGUACACAGUUUCUUUUAUACACUGUAAAAAUCUGUAAUAAAAAGACCUUGAACUGUCGUAUGUAAGAUGCAGCUGUCCUAGAGGGCGUCUUUGCACUUACACUGCUUAACACGGAAAACAAGGAACUGCAUUGAUUCUUACAGAGUUUGGGUGCUGCCCAUGCAAAAACACUGUCAGUGGACACAGGCCCUUGAUAUAUUACUAUUACCAUAUUUUCCAGACUAUUAAUCGCACUUUUUUGUCAUAGUUUGGCUGGGUUUGCGACUUAUACUCAGGUACGACUUAUAUAUAUAUGAUUUCACAGUUUGUUAUUUUUUAAGUCGCACUUUUUUUUCAUAGUUUGACUGGUGCGACUUAUUCUACGGAGCGACUUAUAGUCCAGAAAAUACGGUACUUAGUUUUGGUUAAUUUCAAAUUGCAGACCUUUGUUUACUUGUCACCCUUUUCACUAGAAGAAGCGUAAAUGGUAUACACUCUCUUUAAGCAAUUUUGCGCUGCUACCAGCAUAAAUUCUGUAAAGUUGUACUAUUAUUAAAUGUUCUGACUUCACUCCUUUCUGGCUCCAUCCUCUAUCGUCCAAAUUUGGUCACUCCUGGCAGCUGAGCAAUACGCAUUAAGCCAUAAACACCAAGAUGGAAAAUAAAGCGAAAAGAUGACAGUUGUGACACAAGGAGACAAAGUGUCAAAAAGAGACAUCUGGACUCUUGAAAGCAAAGAAAACCAGCAUCAGCUCCACAUUUCAUCAGACUGCCGCUCCACCACGACCACCGCAAGCAAUUAGUUCAGCAUGGCUUUCUUUCUCGGCCCUUCUCUUCCCCCUGUGGGAAAGACGACCAAUUAGGCGGUGGAGGAGAGCGAAGGCGGAGAGAGCCGAAGAAUGAGAGAAAUGUAAACCCAAAGUGAAAGGCAGGGGAAAAUACCAGCCCCACACUAAAUAACAGUGGACAACUUGAGUCAGUGAGGGGACCGUCGACAGCUCUUAAGACCAGUCAGAUAUGCAGUUGUUUGAAUUCAUCACUCCUGGAAAAAAAAAAACAAGAACCGAGGGGAAAAGUAGUGUAUGAAUGUGGGCUUAAAGAGUUCAAAGUUUUCUUAUCAGUCAAAUUAACCUGUAUGAUUUUCAGCUUGUGGAGGUGUUGACUUAAUAUGUCUGUAAUAUUUAGUCAAAUGUUAAUUUCUGGUGUGAAAGUAAGUUGAUACUACAGUGUGAAAGUUGGAGUUUUCUUUAAACUCCCUCUUCAAAGUCAUUUAUAAAGGAAAUACCCUGAGAAAUAAGGUGCGUAUGACUUUGAUUAACAAGCUACAUCAAACCAGAUUCACAAAGGUAAUCAAAAUGAUUCAUAUUCAAUAAAAUGCGAUUGUAAAGUUCCUUAAAGACGUUCGUCUUUUUACGAAGGGUGAAAUUCCCUGAAGUGGGUUUUACACACUUUUUUCCCUGGGUGGUGGCGAUCAUAAAAAACUGUAAUAUUUUCAGGUCCUGGGGGUUUAGCGCUUUGAUGAAGUGUGAGUGAGCUUUUGCACAUUUUUCUCUGCUUCCAUGGUAUCAGUGAAAAACAAUGAUUAUCCUCUCAAGGCACAAUCAGAAACAUAUGCCUAUCACAGUGUGCAAUCUGCGGCAAUAAAGCUUUUGUGGCUGUUGAACGCAUGUAAAUUGCAUUAAGUCAUCAAGGGAGAGAACGGUGAUAUGCUGUGAGGGCAUACUCACUCGGGACUCGCCUCAGAUCAAGGUCUUUGAAAAUUAGCAGUGAGGUAUGCAGGCUUCUUACCUCUUCCAAGUGUAUUCCCCUGUGUCUGCUCGGAGACCCGCCUCCUCUUUGAGCCUGUCUCACAUCAGGAUUGGACUCCUCAGCUGCUUAACAUUUGAAUUUUCCAACAUCCAAGUACGAGGGCGUUUGUUGAACCGCAAAGGACUAUUAAAGGGAUAUUCUGGCGUUAAAUUCAUUUAGGGUCAAACACACUGGAACACCGAGUUAGACAACCCCCUCGAGAGAUGAAUGUUGCUGACUGCUUGCUUCUCUAGUGAUACCAACUUUAGUAAUGACCGCACGAUAGCAAUACACAGAGGUCUGAUGAGUCAUACACAAACCUCAACCAAAACGCCACUUUAUAACCACAAAUAAUGCUCAGAACAGCACCUAACUUCAUCAACAGUAUCACCAUUUUAAAAAUUUAGCAAAGAUUUCUUUAGCAAAGAGACUAAAAACAACUCACCUACUCUCUUCCAGCAGCCACUUGUUUGUAGUGAGACCUCGGUGGGGUGACGCAGCUCAAGGAAGAACAUUUAUGAUCAUUUCUUUAUAAUUCCCCAUAAGUAAUAAUCACCAUAUUAAUCAUUUUGCACUGCAGACGCAGUAGUUCUUCUGCCUUAGUGUCUCGGUCUGAUUGUAUUUCCAUGAAGUAAUGAUCAUAAAUGUUCUUCCUUGAGCUGCGUCACCCCGCUGUUGUCCGUAAUGGACUCGCUACAAACAAGCGGCUGCUGGAAGAGAGUAGGUGAGUUGUGUUUAACUUGAGGGGGUGUCUAACUCAGUGUUACGGUGUGUUUGACCCUAAAUUAAUUUUGCACCGGAAUAUCCCUUUAAGGAAUAUUUGAAUAUUUAGAUAAUCUGAAUUUUACAGCUCAUUGGACGACAUUGUUUCUCACUAAUCUUAUUUUUAAACACAGUUUAGACUUUGCAGAAAUUGUAGAAAAUGUCAAAAGCAUCCAAGGUUGAUUAAAGAGACUCAUUUGAAGAUGUCCGCACUGCUCUUUGCUUACACGCUCUGAUUUAAAUACAUGAAAAAUAGCUCCUAUCUUCUCAUAUGUGUUUUUUCUUCUCCUUCAGGGAUGAUGGUGGUGAUCGUUCUGCUUCUCAUAGCCAUCGUAGUGGUGGCUGUAUGGCCGGUGUAGCUGAAGAGGACGGGGAUCAUGGAGCUGUGCUGAAAGACCUCUAUGACAGUACUAGUUUUAAACUUGAAGAUGCACAUUUACAAACACCUGAUCGCUCAUCAGAUUUUAUUUCUUACUCUAAAGACGUCCUUUAGCAGCUCAGUUAAAACAGCUGAUUGGAUUACAGGUAAAUAUCCUGCUACUGUGCAGAUUAUCCUUUUGAAUGAUUGCGCCGGUCCGACUCAGUAAACUGAAAAUGUAUGAAGAAGUUAAAAUAUGUGAAUGUUUUUAACCUCAUGAAACAUUUGAAGCUUGGAUUGUGGUGGUUGUUAGUAGGACCCCCCGCAGGCGGCAGGAUCUUUCCUCUCAUAACUCUGUCUGUGGUCUGGCUGAGGUUCACACUGCAUACAGUCAUUCCACAAGCUUCGCAAUAUUCACACUCACUUAUAUUUACCCACACAUUACUGUAGCAGCUGUAAUGUUAUCAUUUGUCUUGGGAUUUUAUAAUGUUUAUAGAAAAACUCCCGGCCAAAGCAAGCAGCUCGGCUGUGUUCCUAACAUGGCUCUUUUCCUUUCUUGUAAAUCAAAUCAACUUGUAAUUUCUAAUAAAUGACAUUUACUGUUACCAGUC